AUGGCUAGCCCUUGGGCAAGACCGGCAUUUAAAGGAAAGGGACGAGAUUCCAGUCCUUUUACGCCGCGUCAGUCCUUAAAUUAUUCUUCAUUUCUUGGAGAUUCAGCUAAGAGGUUUGUAGGAAUGUAUAAAGCACAACCUACACAUUUAUUUUAUCCACAGCACUGGCUAGUUUUUCUUAGCCAAAAAAAAGAAACAGUGACAAAACAAAUAAGCAAGAAAAACAGCUAUGUAUUAUUUCUAAUUCAAUGCCCUACUGGUCCGGGACUCGCGACGUGUUUCAGUAAGCCCAUAAACAAUUUCACGCUGUUUCUGUAGCCGAUGCACAGGCCACCCAAGCUAGUGGCGCAUACACCAGGAGUUGUGAUACUAAGGUUAUCUUAGGUUGUGAAGGCUUGUUUAGGAAUGCAACGGAUUUAUUAUUAAUAGUACAAAUAAGCAUUAAAAUACUAGAGGUUUCAAAUUAAAAUAUGCCAUACCAGCAUUGUACAAAUCUAUAAAUAAGUUCUGGGCCACUUGCACCUCAUAUCUACAAAACGUUAUCUACUGAAAUAAUCCACAUGCAAAUUCUUUGUGAUUUGUGACUCAGAAUAUAAACAGUUACUGUAAUAUUAAACAGUAAUGUAUGAAUUUUAAAUGAAGAUAUGAUCAUUGCAGUGGUUAUUGCAAUUUGCUGUAAGCAGUUACAAAUAAACAUGAAAAAAAUUCGCUGUGGCUAUAUGGCCGGUAAGCGGUCAAGGCUUUCAAAACACUAAAUAGCCGGCAGUCCCAUAUUCUCAGCAAAUUUCACAAAAUCGAAAGAUUCUAGCUAAUCUAAACUAUCAUAUGUCAAUUUAGAAAAGUCAAGCGAUGCUGACAGGCUAUAUAGAUCUCAAGUCUAGUGUUUGGUUUACGUUGGGCUCAGAGGACGAAACCAUGUUUUGUGACACUUAGAACGUUUUGAUAAUGAUGAUGAUGAUAAACUUUAUUUCAGUGUCAGGUCUUCUAGCUGGCCAUGUAAGGCCUACUAAUAGGGGACACUAAAUCAAAAUACUAUCAGCUCUUACUAAUUAAUAUAAAAAAAAUAUUUACAAAGAAUGAAAUUUACAAAAAUAUACAUAAUAAAAAAAUUUCGAUAAAACAUAUUCGGAUUUAUCAUAUAAAAUAAUACUUACUGAUUAAGAGGUGUCCUUUUUGUCUAGAAAAUGUCAUUUAUGUACAACAUAGAAAGCAGUUUUUACAGCCCUUUGUGAUUACUUUUUCAAGAUCUACCUUACGAAUUUCCUUUUUAAAGCUGUAAAUUAUUCUGCAUUUUUUACAUUCUUGCUUAAUUUAGACCAUAUUACUGGACCCACAUAUCUUAGGCUAUGUCUCCUGUAAGUUGUUGUGUUGUAUCGAGGAAUUAAAAAGUCACCAGAAUUUUUGAGCCCACAGUGAGGUUUAUUGAGCUUAAAAAUGUCCUUUAUGUACGGAGGGCAUAUAUUGUACUUUGCCUUAUACAUAAUUAUGGCUAUAUCCUGCGACCGGCGACAGCCUAGUGUCGUGAGUUUAGCUUUUCUCAAGAGCUCAUCGCAUGAACUUCUCGUAUCGCAGUAGACGGCACUUAACGCUCGCUCUUGUACUCGCUCCAUCUUUCUGCUAUCCGACACACGACAGAAAUGCCACACUGUACAUGACAGUAUGUAAUUUGAGGCAUCAUUGUUCAUAACAUCAAUUUUCAUCUGUUUUUUUUUAUGCUUCGACUGCCGGUCAAGGUUUUCAAAACACGAAAUGGCCGGCAGUCCUAUAUCCUCAGUAAAUUUCACAAAAUCGUCGACAAGAUAAUGUUGAAGUGUAUUUCAGCUAGACUUUUUCCGUCGGUUUCCCGCGAAGGCCGUAUGAAAGGUCAAGAUGGUAUGACGUCAAACGUUGCCUGUCACGCCAUGCUUUGGACAGAAAAUAGUAACAAACAUCCAAAGACUCGAGACCAACAAAACAUGAUAUAGAGAUCCCACAAAACCGGCUGGUUUGAUCAGGAUCAUGACAUGCGAUAGUUUAGAUUAACUGGAAUUUUUCGAUUUUGUGAAAUUUACUGAGAAUAUAGGACUGCCUUGACUGGCAGUCGAGCUGAAAAAAAGUUCUAAGUGUCACAAAACAUGGUUUCGUCCUCUGAGCCCAGUGUAAACCAAACACUAGAUUUGAGAUCUAUGAAGCGUUUCAGGAUCGCUUGACUUUUCUAAAUUGACAUAAAUGAUAGUUUAGAUUAGCUAGAAUCUUUCGAUUUUGGGAAAUUUGCUGAGAAUAUAGGACUGCUGGCCAUUUAGUGUUUUCAACACCGUGACCGGUUACCGACCAUAUAGCCACAGCGAAAAAAAUUUUGUGACUUCAAUGAGUUUCAAACCCCAUGGCCACUGGGUUAGCACUGCAGUGCUCUACCAUUUGAGCUAUUAACCCUUUAAGUCCCAAUAGUGACCAACAUCAAUUUUCUCCUAACAAUAUCCACACAAUGUCAAGAGAUAAGGUUAUGAGAAUUAAUAAAAUGAUCAUUAAAGACAAAAUGCCAUGAUCUUUUAUCAAAUUCUCUCAACUAAUUCUUAAAGGAAAUUUAUAGAGAUCAGUUUGGAGAAGUUGCAUGUGGAUAUUGGGGCUUAAAGGGUUAAGACCCAUACAUUGGGAGCAGGCCAAUUUGUUGAGUUCAUCUUAACUUGUGAAAGAUAUGAAACGUGAAGAUGAUGUGGACUGUAGAAGUACAAAUUUUAAAUGAAGAUAUGAUCGCAUUGAAUUGUACAAUAAGAUUUACUUUGUUUGUGACAUUGUAUUUUACAUGUCUGGUAUCUUGCCUCAGAAGUCAGCAAAGAGUCCCACUGAAUUCUCAGAUUCUGGAAGAGACAGAUCAGCAUAGAGUAGAGACAUUUGGUUUUCCUUUACCAGUCCAGAUCAGCGAGGCACUCACAAGCAGAGAUGGUAUUUUUGCUUGAUGUUUUAAAUAUUAGGAAAUAUGUUUCUUUGAACUUGCAUAUGUGUCACGUACCGAGGACCAACUCCAUCAGAGGUUCAUUUGCCUAAUAGCUUUUACAGUCAAUUCCCUCCUCACAGAGACCUUGCUAUUUAAGGUGGACACUUCUAUAAGACAAACACCUGGUGAUUGUCCCUUUCCUGCCAUUUUUCAGUCAUUACUGCAACUAAAUUGUUUAUGAAACAGUCACUUCUCUUAAGACCCACUAUUGAAGCUGGUCUCAACAGUUCCCAUCUUAAAAAAAAUUCAGUGUUGCAGAAAGUAUUUAUCUCUACUGAUGUAGUAAUGAUAUUCCAUUGGCCCUUUCUGGCAGUGUUAGCCUAUUGUUAUUUGUUUUAACUGCAGCUGUGUUAGCUCAGUCGGUAGAGCGCGUGACUGCAGAGCGGGAGGUCGCGGGUUUGUUUCCUGGGGGCCAGACCAAUAAUCAGGAUCUUAAAAUAACUGAGAAUUGAGGGUGCUCCGUUUGCACUGCAAGGGGCUAGACCUUCGCAUGGCGCAGAUGACCACGUAAAAUGGUGGUCCUGUCUCCAGUGGGAGACGUAAAAUGUAUUGUGUCCCCAAUUAAUACUUACGUGCUAAAUACAUUGACGCUCAAAUAAAGUGCAUUUAUUUAUUUAUUUGUUUUUAUUUUAUUUAUCACUCAUUAUUGUUCAGUUUUAUCCUAGGUAAAUUAUAAAUUAAUAUUUCCCUUUGUUUUAAAACUCAUUAUCAUACAUUGCCAUUGCCAUGCCCCAUAACAAGGGAAGUAAAAUUUAAACCAAGGCCAAAAUUGAAACACAACAUACAUAUGUUAUACAUAGGUCAAAAUUAAAUUCUGGUUAAAAUUUUUUAACCUACAAUAGGUUGAUUGUCAAUUUUCUUGGUCUCCUAGCCCUAAGUAAUAUAUGAAUAGGUAUUAUUCGUGAAUUAGGGCUAAUUGAGAAUCAACCAAGGUUAAAAAACUUUAAACUUGUCACUAGAGUUUUUUGUGUAAUAGAAAAUAGAACAAUGACAGGGACCAGAAAAUUGACCAGUUAUUAUGCUAGACAACACCUACAAAUAAAAUAUAAUAGGAAAUUGAGAAGAGGUAACAUUUAUUUAUUUUAAAAUGCGUGCUGUUUGAGGUAUUUAACUUUAUUUUAUAGUCACCGGUGAUCAACAGAUCAGUGUAAAGAUUUCCCCUUUUGGUUGGGCUUGGCUUGUUACCGGAAGGAAAUUGUUUAUUUGGCGCUAUGUGCCAGGAGCUGAAGCAAAGGUUUGUCUCAGCCCUUUGAUUCCAGAUACUUGUGUUAAAUAAAAUCAUGUCAUGCUGUGUUUGAUUCAGAAAUUACCCAGGCCUAACAAUGCUUGAGGCAACAACUUUAUUAAGAUGUUUCUUUGUACAUUACAAUUGACUGUACAUGUAUGUGUCCAUUUUUUCAGACAGUACAGUGGUCAGUUAUUGAGUUAUUGAGGAUAAUGUUAUUUUUUUAUUUGUGGACAUUUCAAGUUGUUUUCUUGUUGUAUAUUGGUUAUUGAGGAUAAUGUUUUUUUUUUUAUUUGUUAACAUUUCAAGUUGUUUUCUUGUUGUAUAUAGAAUUCUGUUUUUAAAAGCUAGAAAAAAUCUUAUGUAGUUUCCUGUGGAAGAGGAACAAAAUUAUUCAAAAAACCUUAAUCACAUGAAUGGUACUUGAAUUGUUUCUGUAAGUUUAAAAUGCCAGAUUUUAAACCCUGUUAUACAACCCACACAUUGUAUGCAUGCACAUCUUGUGCUUAAUUUGAUUAUUAUAAAAAAAGAAGUAUAAGAGGUGACUUGGCACAUUCAAAUGUGCUAAGUUAAUAUUAUAUUUCUUCCAUAACUUUAUAGUAAAUACUGAAAAAUUAAUAAACAUUCAUUUGGCUGUUGUGUUUAUCAGGGAGUAUUUUAUAAGGAGUUGAUUUUGCCAGCUUCUGAGUUGUACCAUAUGGCUGAUCUUGUUUGUGUAUUGGAUUGUUCUGGUGAUGUAUCUGGUGUCUCCGUUAUGGCUGUUUCUCCUGAGGGACUGGUGCGUUACUGGCCAAGUCUUGUUAAUGACACUGCUGUGCUUGAUAUGGAAACAGACUUGAUAGGAUGCCAAUGCCAUUCAUUGACUGCUUUACAGGUGUGAUGUAGACAUAGUUUUUAUUUUCAAAUUCAACCAGUCUUCUGGUUGUAAUAAACUAAUAUCUUACUAGAUUACAUGUAUAAUAUGAUAGUAUCAAUUUAAUUACACUUAGUUAUACAAGGAAUAGUGUGCUUGGUCAAAAGCAAUAUUUUUUUAUUAUGCAUGGAAAGUCUCUGCCACCCAAGGCAUCAAAUUUUCUGCUAGAGUUUCUUAUCAGAUGUUGCUUGAAAGUUGGAUAAUGAACUGGUAGGGAAACUCUAAAAGCAGAAAACAUGUGACUGUUUUGUUACCCUGCUGGCAGAGACUUUUCAUGCAUGGUAACCAGUCCUCAGAAUCAGGACAUUCUGCUAAUUGGAUCCUCGGAUUGAAUGUUGUAUGUACGAAACAGCACUCGCCCCUCUCCCCACACAUAAGAAAAUCCUCUGGUGCCCAAAGUAUUCUUUUAAUUUGUGGGGGACGUGUUCAUGACAAGAAGUGAUUGGCAAAGGAAAUGCCAAACUUGUUAAGCAGUUUGUAAAACAACUACCUCUUGAAGAUGUUAUUUUUGACGUGCAUAGUUUUCUACAUGUCACGAUAUUCGAUCUAUGACAUUUUAAUAUCGGACUUAACAGUAAAUCAACAUAGGAACUUGCGUGAUGUAAUCUAACAAUAGUAGUUGAAUCAUCGCCUUAGUUUACGAACGGCUGUUACAUGAUUAGAACAAUAAUUAUUCAUUGAUUCUCUUGUAAUGCUCGGAGAUUCAUGAUUAAAACUGGAGUUGGCUAGUUGAUGCGUCUCUCUCUUUAUGUCACUAAUUCGAAUGACAUAAAAUGUUACACUACAUCAAUUAAAUUACAUAUUUUUUGAAUUGUAUGUAGAAAAUUGACCUGUGCUUAUGAAAAGUCACCAAAAUACAUAUGAAAAUAUAAAACAAGAUAGUCAAAUACAUUUUACGAAUUCCUUAUAAAGAUUCCUGACUUGUGUUCUGCCCUAGAAGUUAGUGUGGUAUUUGAAUAAUAAACAAUAUAUGAGUGGUUUCAUUAUAUUAUAAAAUUGUGUAAAAUAUAUUAUAAUAGCUCAUAUACCAUAACGGCUAAGCCAAUCAAAAUGCUAGAACUGCAUUAUCCAAUGAUUCAGUUUUUAAUAAUAUUUAUUAUUCUUGCAGCCCUAUGGUUGUAUCCUGAUGACUACCACUAAUGAACUGGUACUAUUAAGUGGUUCACAGGUAUUUAUAAAGGCAACUGCUCACAAUCAAUAACCUCCAAUUAUAUUGGCCUGUACUACAUGUACAUGACCCUCCUGAGUGCAUAACACAUUGUGUUAUGCUCAGGGAGUUUUUUUAGAUGUCAGCAUAAAGUACAAGACAUGCAAGAGGAAGAAAAUAGAAAGUAUAAAUGCUUGUAAACAGGUUAUUGCACUGUUUCUUUGUAACACACUUGCACUCCAACAAUUGAUCAAUCAAAAGAUGUUAAGAUUAUUGGCUGCAGCAAACUUGCCUAUUACUCUACAGUCGCCUUGUAUUUACAUAACAUGGAAUUCCAUUGUUUGAAGUGUGGAGUCAGAAUUACAUGUAUGUCACAACUGUGAUCAUCCAGUUUUGUUUUUAUCCCUAUAGGGUGUUCAUGGCUUACCCCAAAAGCCAGCAAAUUAGUGAAUUCCAGUUGCAUUGAUUUUAAAAAAAUCCUGAUGCAAGUGGCAGAGAAAAAAGAACAGGAAUUUUCUGUUUGCUCCCACUAACUCAAUGGAGGUGCAUGGAGGCACUGGUGUGAUGGGUUUUGGGGAAAAAAAUGCUGUGAAGUGUGCAUUGUGUACAAAGAAAAAGACCUCACGCUAUAAAUACAUCUGACCCACGAAUGAUUGCAGAAUUUAGAAAAACUCACUUUGUUAGGAAAGUAGAGACCAUUAACUCACCAAGGUGACGUGAAAUCAUGUCAGAUUUUAACAUGAUGAUAUUGUUGAAUUUCUAUGCAUUCAUCAUGCAACAUAUGAUACAAAUCAGCCCAAAGAAACUUAGUUUUGCAAGAUGAACAUUUAGGGGAGAGAACCUCAGAUCUACUGAUAAAAGCAAUACCAUCAUUAUUUUACAGGUAAAAGAUGUCAGAUUAUCUUUCACUCAUAGAGGAGAACUGGCUUUAUUGGUGUUCCUUAUAACAUUCUCUGACAAUAGAAAAUAUUUUUUGAUAUACUUCUAGGGAAUAACUUAACAACAUGAUUUGGUAUUGUUGACUGAGAAUGCAUGCAUUAAACCAUUUUUGUGUUAAUUGCUUGUUUACUCUUUUGAACAGAAAGCAAUCAAUUGUCAGAAUCUGAAAUCAUCAAGUGGGGUUUUUUCAGACCUUGGUCGCCGUGUUUCUUCUUUCAUAUUUGGAUCUCAGCCUGCAAGUUAUAAAGUAGCAGUGAGUGUGUCUUUGAAUAGGACAUUUGCAUGAUGGCGUCAUUUUACUACUACAACUAGAAUCCUUUUCGUUUUUCCUUUCAUAUUUAAAUUUUGUAAUCCCAGUGAGGUUUGAAUAACAAAAGCCCUACUUUGCACAAGAAAGCAAAACCCUGAAGGAUUCUGGUCGUAGUAGUAAAAUGAUGUCAUCGUGCAAAUGGCCUAUUUCUGCUGUAUUAUUUUAAGUUAUCUUGCAUUCAGGCUUAUUCUUUGUAGCUUUUAGUAAUUAUUAUUAUUUUAAGAUGCAGAAAUCAGUAAAAUUAACUGAGAAUGAAGAAGAGGAUAAGAAGGCAGAGUUUUUUGUGGCUGUUCUAUCACUUGAUUUGUUUCCCACAUUUUCCCAAAUUUAGGGCAUGCAUUAUACACAGGUAAAUAUGGUGAUUACAUGUACAUGUGUAUACAUGACUUGUACCAGCUUAAUUUUUAGCCUCAGCAUUCUCAUCAACUAAGAUGUCUACAUGUUCAGUGCACAUUCAUUCCAUUCUUAGAAGGUCUGACUGUAAUAAGAACAGGCCAGGUAGUUGAGGGUUUUCAUGUAUGCAAAGCUUCUGAUAACCAACAAAUCUAAGGAAGAUAAUGUGCAGUACAUCUUCUGUGUAGCAGAUGAUUAUCAGAAAGUAGUGGAAACACAUCACACUGUAAGUCGAAGCUUUAUUGACAAAUGCUUUUCAAUGUUGUCUUGCUCAACCUUGAUGGAUAUGGGUCUUGACUUUCCUCUUUGUUUCAACUGCAUUUACAUUUGUUGCUGAAGUCACAUUGCAAACAGUGUGCCAUAGGAAAAUUUGUUUGAAUACUAUCAAAAGAAAUACCUGAACAAUUUCACCUUUGACAGGUGAACAUAGUGACGUUGAUCCUGAUAAACUUGUAAAUCUCUAAAUCUCAGAGCUGAGAAGCAUGAUAUACAAACACGUAUCAGAGUUGUCCUGCUUUUUUACUCUCCACCUCUGUGCACCAUGGUAAACUCCUGAAAAGCAUGACUUAAAGUGAGAGAAAUUAAAGAGAGAGUGCCUGCCGGUCUUCAGGAUUAGAGUUAAAUAAACAGAUCUACAAUGGACUGCAAACAGUGCAAGUGGUCCACUGCAUCAUUACAUAAAAUGUAGGAGUAUGGUCAAUUCUCUUAUGACUGUUUGAUGGUGUGUUUUAUGUCGAGCCUCUUCCUCCACUCUCUGCAUCCCACACCUGUGCAUUUUACAGACCAGACUGAAAACUUUAGGCAAACAUGGCUAAACCCAGCACCUAGUCUAUCUGCAAUGGCCAUCGCAUUUUGAAACUAUUCAUUACCUGAGUUAAGUCACAUGAUGUGUGUAACACAGGUACAAAAGCAUCAUUUGUGCCCCUCCAUCCCCUUCCCUACUCAAGUAUUGAAGUUGUGUUAAGCUGAGUUGCUUCCCUCAUUUUACAUUUCUUAUAAAUUUGUCAUUGCAAAAAGGCAAUUUCGCUAGCGCAUCUAUGGAGUGUUGACAACUGUCAAUAAUAAUUUUUAUUAAAACCUUUUAACUUUUCACUUUCAAUGAAGAUGAGUACUGCAAAUGCAGGUUGUCACAUUGUCAGUCACUGUCAACAAUAAUUGUUUCAGGACUACACACACCUGGACGAUCAUAUUCCACUUUAGUAUGAGGUUCAAAACUGUUCAGCUGCCUGGUACACACUGUAACUUGUGGUGGACAUUACGACCACACUCAGUCACUGUCAAAAAGCAUCUUAAAGAUUUACAUGGACUAGAUAAUAUCAGACAACAUAUCAGAUUUUAGAUUCUCUUAUUUUAACAUUUUAGGCCAUAUUUAUGCGAGUGUUAUCCCAAAUCGCUGUCAAAAGUUAUAGAUGUGUGUGGUCCAUAAAGGCAAUUAGCUGUUUGGACCUGUGGCACUUCUCAAAGUUCAUCUUAAUACUCAUCAACCCCUGCCUGUUGCAGUCUGCAACCAAUAGCUGAACAUGUGGCCUAAUAGUAACGGUUUAUGGCUUCCAGGUACAGACUAAAAGACUCAACUUCUAUGGGUGUCCAGUCAGCUUGCAUUCUAUGAGUCUCCAAAAAUAUAGGGGCUUUACAGAGCCCAAAUGGCAUGACUGUAAGUUGAUAGAGGUCACUUACUGUUGCAAUUGAUGUUUUGUUAGUCCACUCGACUUCAUCUCAACCUGUCAUUAAAUGCUUGCAAGGUUAAGAGAACAGAACCAUCAUUGUGCCAGACAAAGCAUCACUUACUCAAUAAAAUCGCUUAAUUUUGGUAGCAGGUCAGAAUGUUUCAAUUCUUCUGGCUGCAGUGUUGUUGCAAAAGGAAGUUCACAUAUCAUUUUAUAAAUAACCAGGCUUGCCCAAGGAUCCAACUGCUGUUCAGUGAACCUUUUUUUUCCUACCUCCAACUGUGCUUUCAUUCAGUGGUAAAUGCCUUACAUUGAACAGAUGGGCUUGCUGUCCCUUGUGUUGAUGUUGUGCUGGUAACUGCUCAUCCUUCUCAAGCUGCUGUCUGAAUGGGCAAAGACACACCAUUGAAUCUUGUCAACUGUUACAUGUAUGUUGCCAAUUUUACAUUGCAAGGCUCGUAAAGCAUGAUGUUCAUUCUAGCAUACAACUGUAAGUGCCAGUGGCCGCUGUUUAUGCUAUUAAACUUCUUGUUCUUGUUAGUGUCAUCAGUCUUCAUUUUGAUUAAGGCCUAGCCUAGUGUAUGCACCAUUUAAACCUUUUUUUAGUGGGGGUGGGGGAUAUCAAUAAAGUUAUCCUUGCUUUCAUGAUGUUUAAUGAACAUCUGGAUAUGUGAGUUACUCUUUUAACUGCUCGGGCCAGCUAUAUCACCUAAGGUGGUGAGGGUGGGCCCUUUGAGGGAGGCCGCCAUACAAAAUGGCUUUAAUAUGAGUAAGUUCAAUCUAUCCUCCAACUCAAAAUUGGGUGCAGCAUAAACAACUGAAAUAUUACUUUAAUGUUGUUUACAAAUUAAUAUUCACAGAUUUCCACUCAGUCUCACCUAAUAUGCUGUACGAUAUUACAUGUACCGCAUAUUUCUUAGUGAAAAACCUUCCUUAGGUUACUAUCAAUGGUAAUACAGUAAAGCAUGUGAUGUUAAGAUUAGUUUACACCAUUAGUUGUACAUAGCAAAAUGUAAGAAUAUGAUUGUCUGUUAUUUUUGUAAUGUACAGAAUUGGCAGAGAGUUCUUGUUAGCAAGGCCUUGUCUGAUAACUCCAGGUAUCUGGCUUUCAUUUACACUGUAUGUAUGUUUAGUUUGGGUUUGAUAGACUGUAUUUUUUUAAACGAACUUACAUGUUGCCGUGUUUUUAUCUUCAUCUUUCCUGGGUAUAUUAUGAACCAAUUUAAGGACUGUAGCUCCUAGGUGGCGUGCUAGCUCAAUUGAUUAGAAUGCUGCAGUUGUUAUUGCAGGGGGUUUGGGUUUGUAUACUGGCAAGCCUGAGAACUUCAGGAAUAUUGAUUAUGUAGUGACCAGUCACAAGAAAGAUCAAGACAAACAAACAGUCCAGAAAUCACAAACUAACUUGUAGACUAUCUGUACCUUUUUAAAUUUGGUUUUCUCUGGGGCUGGCUUAUAUGUUUUUACCUUAAAGCACAUUAACUUUACAGAAAUAUUUUUGGCAUUCCCUGUUUUCUGAGUGUUACAGUAAAAACUCUUUUAACUAGUCAUAGUUGUCACUAAAUCUGCCCCCGACCUUUUAAAAACCGAAUUAAGACUCCAUGUGGUUGUCCAUGUAUUUGCGAUGAACCUUUGAAAUGCAGUUUUCGUAUUAGAGUUUCUUUUGUUUUCUUUUGUUAGAACACAACUGAUAUAAAUAAUUUCGCAAUAAACUAACCCUACCAAAACAUGGACCACUGUUUCAAGUUUCUCACCUUUGAGAUAUUUCCCAGUUCACUUUUUCUGAUCCUUGUAUGAAAUAAAAUAAUCGGGAUUUUGCAAUAAACUAACCCUACAAACACAUAGACCACUGUUUCAAGUUUCUUACCUUCGAGAUCUUUCUCAGUUCACUUUCUCUGAUCCUUUUCUCUUCUUUAUUAAAUCCUGAAUACCUUAAUAUAGAACAAAACCCAGUAAUUUGACGUUAGCACCUUUCUUGUUUUUGACUGGGUUUUAAAAUAUUUGAGCUAUUCCUGAUGUGGUUUGAAUCGAGUCUGUCGAUCCCGUUGCUGAUUUGUGUCUGACAAAUCAAGUUCAAAGUUCUGUUGAUCCACAUUGCUGAUUUGUGUCUGACAAAUCAAGUUCUUUAAUACCAAACAAUUCCAGUACUGCUAAAUAGCUUUUUAAUUUAAAGAAAUCAGAAAAUUGAUGUGCUACAAGAUACUCAAUGAUAAAAAUACUCACCUUAUAGCUUGGAAUGAAAUCCUGACACAAUUUGGUGAAUGCAACUCGUUGACAAACCCAGUUUGCGCAGUUGCUGAGCCAGGCACACAUGCUGAAAAUUAACCAGGACCAGAUCAGCACGUUAACUUGUGCUUUAAUUUGUGACUAGAUCUUUUUGAGACCAAAGUUGCAAGACAUCACUCACUUUAGUUAGCUUUACAGCAUUACUUAAUACUUAACAUUUUAUUAGUUCCUUAAGACUAUCAUAUGCAAAAGAAGGAAUCAAAUAAGUCUAAAUUUUUAAGAAUUUGCCAUGCCUUGUUUUACCUCCUCCGGUUGGCAUUCCUGUAACUCUGGAAGUUAUGUCUGAAUUGGAGGCCUUUCCCUUGCACAUCUUAAAUUUAGACUAAAGGAAUGCUGGCCAAGUGGAAAAUCAGCAGCAGAUUUUAAUUCAAUAUAUUUUUGGAUUUUUUUUUUCAUUACUAUUAAUGUGUAUGCUGUCAGGGACCUUUUUGUGUUAAGCGGAAAUCAGUUGUUCAAAUGGAAGAUUCUUCAAUUAGGACCAAGCACCAUUCAGGAAAAGGUAAUGCCAGUUAAAUUAUGCUAACAUAGUUUAUAUAUAUCACACUGAUUUUAUAUUACGUGCAGUAUGUUACAUUGUUACCAUAUAAGGCCCACUUCAAAUCUCGAUCUUUCAUGUACUGAACCUAAUCCCGUCAACUAAGUACAUGAAAAGAUUAACAUCUGAAUCAGUUAAGUCUUACAUGUCUAAUUUGGAUCAACCCAUGCAUUGAGUUGGAGUGGCCCACAUGGGAAUUUUGACUAUGGAGCAACUUUGUUUCAAACAUCAAACUUUUCAUGCGCUGAAUCUAAUGAAUAUGAAAUUUCUAUAGUUUAUUUUGACUGGUAAACAUUGAAGACCAAUUUUUAUUGUGAAAAUGAAUUGAGGCCGACUGAUUAAUUAAGUUUGACAUCUGAAUCAACGAUCAUACUUAUAUCAUUUGGGAUGACCCAAAUAGCUAUUCUAAAGUUCAGUUCAAGUUAAAAGGUUUUUUUUCCUUUUUUUGUGGAUGGCUGGUGUGGCUUAGUUUUACUAAACAGGUUAUUAAUAAUUCAAUCUAUAUGUAACCUUUCUUGCCUUUAGAGAGACCAUAUCCACCAUUAAGCUGUGCCCACCCAAGGUACAUGUAAACAUGAGGCUAACGUUACUAUGAAAGAAAGUAUGUGUAUGGAUUGAUCUUUCUGUAGCUAUAUACAACAUAUAUCUUUUCUAAUCCCUCUUUUCAGCUUACAUUUCAGCUAGAACUUGAAAGACUAUUUAAAGAAGCUACAGUAAAUACACUACAGGUAAGAGUUACUAACUAUAUGUAGAGUCCACUUGUAAUGUUAAUAAUGAAAACUAAGAGACAGUUUGGUAUUUAAAUGGCCAUUAGACUUGUCAAGUACAGUCAUCAGUAUGUGAUAAUCUUUAAAAGGGUUAUUAUUUAAACACUGAAGGGCAUGUGCUGUUUAAAAAGGGGUACAGCUGUAAACAGGUAACUUACUUGGGACCUCUGUAUCAGAUGAGCAAUUAGGAUUGCAAUUUAAAUGCCAGUUUUGUCAUGUCUGCAUGUAUUUUUUGUCACAGCAUGUCACAAUAUGAAAGAACUGCCUCCCACUCAUUUUCAGUUACUGCUCGUAAAUCAUAUAAUAUAUGUUCAGGAAAAUUUACAUGGCACUUUUUUUGUUCUAAAUAAGUUCCCUAUAAUGAUCAGAUUUUGUUAUUGAUGGAGUAUUCAGCUGAUGUCUCUCACAAGUUUAAGAUUGCAAUAUUUGUAUAUAACUCAACAAUGAGCCUGGCAUACUUUUUUAAGACUGUUUUAAUUUUUUUCAACACAUUCACCCCUCAACUGGCUAUGAGUUCUCUUGUGGAUCCAUGUACCUUAUAGCAUUUGUGACAUCAUCAGUUUGAUGGUUAAGCUUAACUUCUGCUGGGUGACAAAAUCUUUUUGCUCAUACUGGUACUCAUGAUGUACCAAUGUAGUGAAACAGGCCCCAUGGAAAGUGCAUGGAAAAAAUUUAAGUUGACAGUAAAUUUCAGGAAAGAUUUUGUUCCUCUACUCAAAUGUACAGCUGUACUUCCCAAGUUAAGGUAAAUUGCCUCGGGGAAAUUUUUAUGGCUACAUCUGAAAGAACCAAAGAAUUUAUAAUGUACUUCCUUGCUAGGUUGAUCCACAGUCAGUGAACCACGCCAUGGUUUGGUGUCUUGAUGUGGCCAUGAGUAGGUGAGAAUAACUAAAAAAAUUGUUGUUCAUAAACACCCUUGUUACACAACUAUGAGAAGCAAAAUGCAUUUACUACACCAGUCAGGGAAAGGUUCAGUAGAGCAAGAACACAACUGAGGCUUUAUUGCUCAGAGGUAGAAGUCAAUAGUACGCAAAUUAAAGCAUGAGUUAAAGAGAAGUCAGAGUCAAGAGAAGCUACAGUGCUCUCCCCUAAGGUACUGCUGGCUAGUACUACAUGUAGUGUAACAUGUUCUCUAACAACAUAUUGGUAGGAGAUCCUCAAUGGAAACUGUGACAAACAACAUGGACUACUUGUAAAUAACAAUAGCAAGCUUUGAUGUCCCUGGUAAUGAGAUAGUAGCCUUAGUAACAUCAGAAUUAUAGUGUCUUAUUGUUUAAUAAGCAAAGUGAGUAACAAAGUCAUCAUAAUUAGCUUAGCAUUCCUGAUUAGUGUACCACUUUUAGUAUGUUAGAAGCUUUUGACAUGUCAAGAGAUGCUAUUGAUUGAUUGAUUGAUCUGGUCUGAUCCACAAGUUGGAUUGGCAAAAUCACUGUUGCCUGCACAGGUAUCUCCUCAGUUAGAGUUGCCAUGAGUGUUGGAGGAUGGAUUAUUAUUAAGACCUUAGGUGGAAUUCUCAUGUUACAGAAAUGCAAAAAAGAAACCUGCCAAACGAUUGUAUUUUAAGCACAACUAAAGGGUGCAAGAGUACCGCCUGAAGAACUGGCUCAGUUCUAUGUAGGUUGCAUCCAGUUAGUUUUACUCUAUGGCUACCUAGAUUUAUCAUUUUAGUCUUCCACAAUAUCUAAGCUUAAAUGUUAAGCAGAUACAUAAACGGGCUCUGAGGAAUAAUUGUUGGUUAUGAAGUGCACUACUCAGAUGCCCUGUCACGUUUAGGCCUUGUUGCUUUAGAGCAAAGAAGCAUGGUGCUGUUUAGAAAACCUCUUUUCACAAAAUUGUUCACAAUCCCCUUGAUCUGUUGCACCCUCUCAUUCCAUUCAACGAGGGACCCUGCAUGGACCUCAGGAACCCUAGAUCAUACUGUGUGAAGCCAUGCAAGACCAACAGGUGCUGUGAUACCUUUAUUAACAAAUGCCCAAGUAUUUUUUAAUUAUUCAGAGUUAGUCUAAAAUUUUAUAUUUUCGUAGUUGUAGGAUUUGAUAUAGUUAGUACGUAAAGAUUUUUUAAUUAUGUUUCAUAACUCUUUUCUAUACACUGUAAACCUUAGCAAUUCAGUCGAUAUUGCUAGUGAGGUAUUUCGAUAAAGCAUUCUAUUCUAUUCUAAGUAGUGAGCUUCUAAACAUGCUGGGGAAUUUCCUGUGAGGCAGAUGCACUCAGUGCAGGUGUAGCCAAUGAAUUUUCAUCCAAGCAGGCCUCUGUAUCAAGGGUAGAUGGGUGAAAGUGACCUGGGUACACUCAGUUGUAUUCCUUUGGUUGGAUUACCUAUGAAAAUUACCAAUGACAAUGAAAGAGCCAGGCAGUAGUGUGUAGCUAGUGCCUUCAAUUUCUCACUGUGGGGGUUAUGGCAAGCCUAGGCGUCGAUCAUGUGAAGGACUUCUCUGGUCCUUGUAGAGCAGAACUGAUCAUGAUGGAUCAACAUCUCUUUGGCAGAAAAACCAGAGACCACAUGACUAGAUGUGGAGAUGUGGACAUUAAAUGAGAUAGAGGAACUCCUGUGGAUUAUGGCAUGGAGGCUUGCGUUUGACUUCUUGUACUGCCCCCUCACCAUCUGGGUUCUUGUUUUGAUUCUUAACCUGUACUGUUUUUGACGAAGGCCAUCAGUGAGUACCUUAAAUCCUGGGGAAGGGUUGGUAUUGAUAAUGGUGGGUAGACCAUCCAAUUGCAACUUAGAGCAUAUUCCAGUGGGGCUGUUACUAUCAACUAACUGACUCAUUCUCUGAAAUAUUUGAGUAGCAGUUGUGAGCACUUUUGAUUAUCACAUCUGUGGUGUAUGAUACUUGGACAGCACUGGGCAAAGGACAGGCUGACUGUUCCAUAUAUGCUGUGGAGAUGGUUAUAAGGUGAUGGAAUUGGUCUUGUCUAACAUGCAAAUUGUGAUUGGCGACAUCCUUGAGUUAAUCGCUACUAGUUGGGUGGCCAAACUGGAUGUUUGUGGCUAGGAAUGAAGGCUUGUCAUUCUUAUUGACAAGUAGGCCUUCUUUUGUGAUAGUUGCAAUUAUUGUAAGUGACCAUCUUAUGCUCUUCACAAGACUUGUUGGUUAGAUUCUUGGAUGAGUAUGUGCAUUAUAGAUGUGCAAUAGUGCAUCCUAAAUUGCCCAUUCUGUUUGUGUUGCCAACCAGUUGGUGCAUCUCAUGAAUUGGAAAUAUUCAUUGCCUUCUAGUAUGUUUUUAUGGUGGUAACUCUAAUGACAGAGUCCUGGGUUAUUUUUCUGAGGAUGCAGGUCUAACACUCAGGUCUUGUACUGAUGCAGAGCUGCAUUUUAUGACCGGCAAAAUCAGAUCACAGAAUGGCGGACCUGGAAACAUAAUCUUACUAAGGCCUGAUAUCAGCUUACUGUGGAGAGGAAGACAGGGAAACAAGGAUUGGUUGUAAACUCCCCUCAACAAAGUUUAAUGAAUUUUAUCGGAACAAUUUAUGAUGGAAAUUUAUCAUUCUUAGUUGUUACGUCUUUAACAAAAGUAAUAUAGACCUAACAAUCUUAAGCUUGAACUAAGUUUAUUGAGGCCAUUAAUUAUUUUCUAAAUGGAAGAACAGUAGGCUUGACUCAAUGGAAGUUUCGUUUUGAGUGUGAUCAUAAGCUUGGAAAAAAUGUCAUGCUUCAUCCUCCCUCCCAAAGUUUAAUAGAGGGUGUAGUUUUUAUUGUCAUUAUUCAAAAUGUCUUUGUUAAUUCAUUCUUGUCAGCUCUGGACUACUUAUAUUAGCUGCUGUAGCUCUCUGUGGAACUCAGACUUCUCAGCUGUUUUAUACCCUUGGUAAGUAAGUUAGUAGAGGGGGUGAAAGAGGUUUUUGCAUGAUAAAAAGUGUGUUUAAUCUUGGUGUGAAAGGUGAAAACACGAAAUCAAAAUUCGUAAACUAUGAAUGGUUUGCUUGUCGUGAUACUUGAACUUUAAAAUCUUUUAUCCGAUAUUUUUGUGAUUUUCAACCAAUUUUUUCGUGAAAAUAGAUGGUAAGUUUCAACUGAAGAAAAAUUUUACACUGAAGCCCGUGGACCUUCAAGCUAAGUCAAAGUUCUUAUAAGUUUCCCUUAGACCUAUUUUUUUGGAUAGUAAACUAGGGCUACCUUUUGGCAAGUUCAAACGAGGCGAAUGUGUUUAUCAUUUGUGGAAUGUCCCUAUUCAGAUCUUUGCAAUUUGUUACAUAAUUUUAGAGGUUUGAAAUACAUUCUGCUAUAGAAAAGGAUGGUACCCAACUUUGGCACAUUCUAGGCUUUCACUUUUAUUAGACAAUAACAACAUGGCUUGAAGCUUUGUUGGUAAAUUGGAGCAAGUUAGCACUUUCAUGGACUAUUUCAUUGUAUCUAAACUCUAAACGUUAGAAAGUAAAAUAUAGUUCAAGUGAGGCCUUUGACUACUGAAAUUAAAGAUUAAAAUUAAAUUCCGAGCUUUCUUCGACCAACAGCAUCAUCAGGGAUAAGAGAAAUAUUCCGCGUGGUAAUAUACAUAUGAAAAAAUUGUUGUGAAGCAAGAUGUGAAAAGUGCAAGAAUGGGGCAGAAAAGAUUUACUAUUAAAAGUCAGUUAAGUGAUGACUCAUCAUUAACCCUGCAGACAGCGGCAUUCUGAACAGGUCUAGCCAUCCACUUUCCCUUUACUUUGAAAAUUUUCAUGAAACGUGAACACGGAACUUUAAUCACCGUGAUACAUGCAUAGGACCCCCCCUUUACACCCUGUUAGUGAACACAUGUUCAUUGCAUGGAAAAGUUAUUGUACUUUUUGGAAUGAGGUGAGAAAAACAAACAGGUUAGGAAGGGACGGAAUGGCCCCAAAAAAUUGAAGAAUCAAAAGGUGGACAGAAAGGAGAAGACAUUUUAAUGUAGGGAGAGAGGGAAAAAAGAGUGAGUUGAUGCUAAUUUUGCACUGUCCUACCCCUUAAAUUUCAAGGAGUAGGACAUUUGUCAUAACUAUCGUAUUAAUAUUCCAAAGUUACCCUGAGGUUGACACAUUGAGGAACCUUGUAUCAAAAAUCAGAUGUGGCAGUGGCUACCAAGAUUAAAUUUAAAAAAAAAAAUUAUGUGGACCUUUUUGGACCUUUUCAGAUGGAUUUUCUGCAAUUAAUGUAUUAUAUAAGGGAAAAAAAACACACCUGAAAAUCAGAAAAUCAAAAGGCAUGAUAAUCUAAUAAUUUUUUUUACUUUUAUUACUGUAUUCAAAGGCUAUUUCCCCUUAAAACCCCAUCCUCCAGUCCUUAGUGAAGUCAGUAACUGUGUACUAAUGGUAAAAGGUCUCUUUGUUUUUUCGUUCAUGAAGGGCUCCUUAACUCAGAUGCAGUCCCUGGUCCUUCCACCCUUGAGAGUAUCAGUAUUUUGCCAUAUUCUGUCAUGUACACUGUAAGUAAAGUGGACAUAUAAUGUUAUGAUAGUAUAAAGUAUGUUCAUAUUAAAACCUUUGAACCGUGUAUUAAAUCUAAAAAUCUCAGUGGUUAAUGGGAGUGUGUCCUUGGUCUCUAAUGAAAGAUUUUUCAUUAAACUUUCUUUUUUUUCACUAACUUGUAUCUGCAUUGUCUACUCUUUGAAAGCCUAUUAGGAUUUAUGGUCAAACCCCCCAUUUUAUGGACACCCGCUUAAUACAGACACGUCAUUAUAAUGUACAGUUUGCAUUGUUCCUGGGGAAAGAAAGCCCCUACAUUUUCCCUAAAUUAAACCUGCUUAAUACGAGCACUCCACUGACUGUGCCAUUUAUUUUCUGUCUUCACAGGAGGCUAAUGAACAAGAGCUUCUGGAUUUCAAAUUGCUGCUACCAGAAAAUAGUCCAUCAGCAUUUGUUUAUGACUCCAACUCCAUCAUCUGUGUUUCAGGUGUUUGCAUAAUACAACAUGUAUAUACAAUAUCAUCGUUUACCUGUGUUAUUCUUUGUUACCCAGUGUUCCCGUGUUCCGCUAUCUUCCCCUGUCUUACUCUGUGUUACCCUGAGUUACCCUGUGUUCCCCUCUGUUACGCUGUGUUACCCUGUAUUACUCUGUGUCACCCUGUGUUACCAUUUGUUGCUCUGUGUUCCCCUGUGUUACUCUGUGUAGCCCCUGUCUUCCCCUGUCUUCCUCUCUGUUACUCUGUGUUACCCUCUUGUACUCUGUGUUCCCCUCUGUCCCCCUGUGUUACCUUGUGUUACUCUGUGUUUCCUUAAAUUACUCUGUGUUACCUUGUGUAACCCUUUGUUCCCCUGUGUUACUCUGUGCUACCCUGUGUUACCCUGUGUUACCCCGUGUUACCUUGUGUAACUCUGUGUUCCCCUGUGUUACCUUGUGUUACCCUUUGUUAUCUUGUGUUCCCCUGAGUUACCCCUGGGUUACCCUGUGUUACUCUGUGUUAUCCCGUGUUACCCUGUGUUACCCGUUUUACCCUGUGAUACCUUGUGUUACCCUGUUUUACCCUUUCUUCCCCUGUGUUACCCUGCAUUGCCCCACGUUACCCUCUGUUACACCUGUGUUACCCUGUGUUACCUUGUGUUACCCUGUGUUACCCUUUCUUACUCAGUGUUACCCUGGGUUACCCUGUAUUACCAUGUGUUACCCCGUGUUACUGUGUUAGCCUAUGUUACCCUGUUUUACCCUUUUUUUCCUCUUUUCCUCUGUGUUUCUCUGUGUUACCCUGUGUUCCCCUGUCUUACUCUGUGGUACCCUGUCCUGCCCUUUGUAACCCCUUUUUUACUCUGUGUUACCAUGUGUUCUGCUCUGUUAUUCUGUGUAACCCUGUGUUUUUCCUGUGGUACUCUCUGUUACCCUUUGUUUCCCUUUGUUACCCUGUGGUAGUCUGUGUUACUCCUGUGUUACCCUUUGUUUCCCUGUGUUACCUCUGUGUUACCUCUGUGUUACCCUGUGGUCCCCUUUGUUUCCUUCUGUUAUCGUGUAUAACCCUGCGUUGCCUUGUGUUACCCUGUGUUCCCCUGCGUUACUCUGUGUUACUCUGCGUUACCCUGUGUUCCCUUCUGUCACCCUCUGUUACUCCAUGUGACCCUGUGUUACUCUGUGUUAGCCUGUGUUACCCUGUGUCACCCUGUUUUACCCCUGUGUUACCCCGUGUUACCCUGUAUUACCCCAUAUUACCUUUUGUUACCCUGUCACGCUGUGUUACCCCAUGUUACACUGUGUUACCCUGUUUUACCCCGUGUUACCCUUUGUUAUGCUGUGUUACCCCAUGUUACCCUUUGUUACCCUGUGUUACCUUGUGUUACCCUCUUUUCCCCUGUGUUCUUCUGUGUUCCUUUGUGUUACCCUAUGUUACCCCUUUGUUACCCUGUGUUACCUUGUGUUACCCCAUGUUACCCUGUGUUACGCUUGUGUUACCCUGUUUUACCCUGUGUUUUCCCGUGUUACCCCUUUGUUACCCUGUGUCACCCCGUGUUACCCUGUGUUACCCAGUGUUACUAUGUGUUACCCUGCGUUACCCCGUGUUACCCAAUUGUUACCCUGCAUUAUUCUGUGUUCCCCUGUCUUACUGUGUGUUACCCUUUGUUACCUUGUGUGUCCCUGUGUUACUACUCUGUGUUACCCUGUGUUCCCCUCUGUUACCCUGUGUUACGUGGUGUUCCCUUUUGUUACUCUGUGGUUCCCUGUGUUAUUCUGUGUUCCCCUGUGGUACACUGCGUUUGCUUGUGUUACUCUGUGUUACUCUGUGUUAUUCUGUGUUCCCCUGGGUUACCCUGUGUUACCUUGUGUUAAUUUAAUUGUCUAUGAUAGACAAUUGAAAUAUUACAGUCAAACCAUGGUGAGUGGUCACUGGGAGUACUUUGUAAAGGAUGACUGUUUACAGAGGUUUGGAUUUAAAUAUUAUUGUAAAUCAUUAUCUUUAAUUGCCGUCACUUUAUAUUCAACUUUACACUUGGCAUAAAAACGCAAAUUACUCCGAACAAAUACUGACUCAAAAAAACAAACAAAUGGAUUUGUUUCAUUUUGAAAGCUCAAUAACCUAAUUGCGUCAUAUUUGCCUGAGAUUAACAGACACCCAGUACUGUUAAUAGGGACUUCAAAAUCCGUCAACGAGGGCGGCAACAAGGACAUAAAAGAGCAAUAGGUUGGAUAGGCAAAUUUACAACUUUGCACGUGCGCCAAAGUUUUUGUAUUUCUUUGCUGUCACUGCACGACUACGACGUGAAAAUGCUUAAUUUCACGUUUUAUAGAGGACAUGAAUAAAUGGUUGCGAGGAAAUUUUCUUUCUUUUUCUGAACUUGGAUAUGGUUCUAUAUUGAAUUCCAUGAGAGUUUGCCUACAUUUAACAAAUUAAGUGAGUUGGAAUAAUCGCGAUGAACGAGAACUCAAUUUUUAGGCGACAUUUUUGCCGUCGUCGCCACCCUCGGAUCUUGGGAGAGGGAAGAAGACGGUUAAACUUGUUUGACAAGCGUGACAAUAAUUUUCGCCAAACUUCGCCUUCCUUUAAACAGUUCUUUUUAUAAAAGACCGAAAAACAUUAAGGUUAAGUGAAGAUCACGACAAAACACGCAAGUAAUAACCCUGUCACGUUUGUCACUCGUAAAUUGAUUUGUCGUCCUCUUCUUCCUGCCGUCCUGUUGAGUAAACUUACUUGUAACUGUCAUUUCUACGAUUAAUUCACAAGUCUUUGUUUUCAGUUCACCGAAGCGAUGAACUACUAAACAAGAUUGAUCUACAGUCUCCUCCAGAUGGAAUUUUGGGUUCAGGUAUGGAUAAGUGUUUUGCACUUGGUCGGUUAAUUCAGUUAAUAGAUGGAAUCCCUCUGUCCUUGCGAUGCCUUUUUCUGCCCAUAUGUCAUUGUGUUGUCUCUUUUUAGAGGCCCUCAGAUCCAGUUGUGGAAUCUUGUCUUAAGGUCUGCGAAUUUCAAGGAGCUGGGGUUUUUUUUUGUAUACAUUGAACUAUCCGUUCUCCUUUUGAGGAAUUCAUUUAGUUAGGAAAAGUCAAAUAACAUUAAGAUAGUGUUUUAAACAUAACCCAAAAAAUCGUACAAAGUUGUGAAGCAAGUCAGAUUAAUGUUUUUGUAUAAUCUAGGUGUAUGCGAUGGCAAACCCCUUUUUUUCUCCAGAAAGUAUGGUAUCAUUUCUGUAACAGUAACAGAAGCUGUUGUCAGGUAAGUAGAACUCAGUUGUGAUAUAGGUUUACUAGAACAUGCCAUGAGUAGUGUAUUGCUGUUGCAAAAUGUCUAGCUUUUUCAGAUUCUAUGACCACAGGUUACCGGGUCAUAACCCAUUUGUGCGAAAAUUUAAGUGUCUCCUUUUAAACUUCCUUGCCAUUUAAUUAAUAUUUUUCUAAACAAAAACAAUCUUUAAGGCGUUUGGCCCGCUGGAAAUUUCUUAUGGAUGCAUACAACCCGCUUUGCAAGAGGACCUUAAAGAAAUCUAGUUAUAUUGUUAUACUAUUGUUGUUAUUAUUAUUAUUAUUAUUAUUAUUAUUAUUAUUUGUUAUACUAUUAUUAUUAUUAUUAUUAUUAUUAUUAUUAUUAUUAUUAUUAUCUCUAUUAUCACAGUCUUUGCUGGUGUUCUUUUUGCGCAUCAGCCGGGCGCAAACCACGCACCUAGAGCGUCAGUCACUCAAGUCAAUCAUUCUGUUCAUACACUGAGCACCUUUCUAAGGAUUCGUGCAGAUCCCAGCAUGCAGAUCUUUUGAAUCUCUGUCAUACUAGCUCUCUCUGAUACUUUCUUGAUGUUUUCUACCAUACCCUUCUUCACUGUACCAAGCGCACCAACAACCACAGGGAUCACUACGGUUUUCAUAUGCCACAUUCUCUGUAUUUCUAGUUCUAGGUCUUUGUACUUGCAUUUUUUUUCAGUUUCCUUCAGUGCGAUGUUUCUAUCUGAUGGAACAGUCAUAUCAAUAAGUUUGCAGGUGGAAUUCACUGAAUCUUUAACGAUGAUAUCUGGUCUGUUCGCUGUUAUAGUUCUAUCAGUAUUGACUGGCAUGUCCCACAUGAUGGUGAUGUUGUUAUCUUUAUUGUGUAUCACGGUCUCUGGUUCGUGUUCGUACCAUUUGUCUGCAAUCUCUAUAUCAUGAUCUUUACAUAUGCUCCAAUGGAGAUAUGCUGCAGCAUUAUUGUGCCUGGAGAUGUACUCUGUUUUGGCUAAUACCUCACAUCCAGAUACAAUAUGGUCCACUGUCUCUUCAUGUUGCGAACACAAUCUGCAUUUGCUCUCCACUUGCUGGCCACAUAUUAUUUUCUGGUAGUUUCUGGUGUUUAUUGCCUGGUCUUGAGCUGCAACAAGUAGUCCCUCUGUUUCUCCUUUCAAAUUACUUGACAACCAUUUGUUGGUAGUGACUGUGUCUACAUGAGGUUUCUCUAGGAUCUUUGGAUACUGGCCAUGCAAUGCUUUGUUUUUCCACUUUUAUUAUUAUUAUUAUUAUUAUUAUUAUUAUUAUUAUUAUUAUUAUUAUUAUUAUUAUUAUUAUUAUUAUUAUUAUUAUUAUUAUCACUAUCAUUAGUGUUGUUGUUGGUGUUGUUCUAGGAUCUAUGGUGUAAGCCAAAACUUCUGAUACACAACCCCCAGGUGAUUACCUACCCUCUGCCCUUCAGUUGCUGUAGAAACUAAACAUCUAACAAAUACAUAGCUUUCAAUAAGUUGAAGACAGUAAAAGAGAGUCAUACAGCGUUUUCACUCACGUGGCCAACAGGUUCGCAAAUUUGCUCGAAACCCACAGGAUUGGCUUGGUAUGCCAACAUGGCCACCGCUUCAUUGUUUUGGCUGGCGUGACUUCGAGUGAAAACAUUCUAUAGAAAGUCGCAUGGGUACGUCCCUGGGUCCAUAGCUCUGCGCUCACGCAGGGACAGAUUCACUGAUGGUUAACAGAAAACUCUGCACACAGCAAUACCAUGUUUUUGUUUCAUUAGAACUUUUAGAUGGAGGGCUUAUGUUUGCAUUUUACCUUCUUAACAUUUUAUACAGUGAAGAAAUGGACAACUCAAGGUUACGCUCCUCAGAAGUGGUAAGUAGGUUCAACAAACAACAACAACCAAACGUUAUUUAUCCACGGAGUCCGCUACAGUGUUCUCCCAGGUAGCCGUGCGCCAUAGUCGUUAACAAUUUUUAGAUAAUUAGAUACACUUAUUAUAAUAGGUAUAAAAAAUCCAACAUACCAUUACUAUCAUACAUUUAACUAUUAAUUAGUGAAUUAAUUAAAGCGUGAACACGAUUGAAGCUAGCGGCCUGCUCGGCUUCAAAAGAUAGACCGUUCCAUAAAACUGCACCCCUGUAUUGAAAGCUCUAUAUUUAGGACUUCAUUGUUUGGUCUAGGAAGAAAAAUAUUUAUAGUUGCGAGCUCCGUAGAUUAUGUUCAUGAACUGCAUCUAUGUUUUUAUGAAACUUAUUGUUUUUUGAGAUUUUCGGAUUUCCAAACUGCAAGCUAACGCCAUAAAAUCAAAGUGUGAUAUGCCUGUAAAUGUUAUAGUGACUUGGCUUUUUUAUAAGUAGAGUAACAGAGUAGAAACAAAUAAAUGAACCAACGUGCAACUCUGUGUUUAUCAUUACAUUGCGAGAAAAUAUUUGCUUUAAUUCCUGAAAACUAUUGAAAUGCCUUAUAUUUUUAACUUGUAAUAUAUCUGUUACAGGUCAAAUUAAUAUUCGGGUUAGAAUAUUUUAACCAAGGUUGAUUCUCCAUUUCCUUUGUUUCCUAGCCCUGAUUCAUUAAUAAGUAGGGCAAGUAUACAAAGGAAAUAGAGAAUCAACCUAGGUUAACCUGAAUUUAAUUUUGAGCUGUAACAUACCCUUAGCUAUUUUAAAGGUUAGAAAAUGUAAAGUAUUCUUUUCCCUUCCUUCGUGAAAUUAGCGGCCUUAAUAUUCUACAAAUAUGUUGAUAUGUAUAAAGUUUUAGAUAAAGAUAGCCUUCAUCUUGAUAUUUUGUAGAUUAAACCAGUUGAUGGGUCACUUGCUGAAAUAACGUUCGGAGAUACAGAUAAUGAGCUAAAGAAGUUCAAAUCAGCUUUUUUGCUUUUUUGUCAAGGAAAUACUGUAAGUAUAAUUCCAAUGAUACUCACGCACAACAAAUGGCUAUUGUUUUUUUAGGAAGAGAAAGCCUACAGUCAACAGAAUCCACUCUUUUUAAUUAGCUUUUUCGAUUAUCAUCCUUUUUAAAUUGUUAAGUGCUGAUUAUCAGUAAAUAAAGUCAGCUUUAUCACAUUUGAAGAUGUUUUUUUGUGACUCUCUUGCUCGAUAUGUUUUCAUUGACCUGGUUAUAACUGAAUACUUAAUGUAAUUUACAGGAAGAUGCUCAGAGUGUGUGUGACACGUUGUUUGAUGGAUCGUCUGCUGAUGAGUUGGAUAAUGCAGUGCUUACACUCAGUCAGCAGUUGAUUGAUGACUUCCCAGUCUCAGAUCCUCGUUGGGCAGAGUCCGUUCCUGCUGGUGAGUUCACGACUCUUACUUAACUAAUGGGAAAUUGUCAAGGUGUGGUUGCACAAUACGGAGUUUCAAGUCUGGUUAAACCCAUCUAAUAGUCCAGAUCGUGUCGAUUACCAUGUAGUUUUGUGACGAUUGAGACGAUUAUAUGGAUACCUGUUCAGGCAAUCGAGACGAUUGUAUGGAAACAGCUCUGACGCAGUGUGUGUGAAUCUAGACGAUUAGAGCAAUGGCAGUCGCCUGGAUGGAACUGAAGUCUAAAAAUGAACAGAGCAAUUUCUGUAUAAUCAUGUACCUCAAUCGUGCCAAAACCACAAAGCGAUCAAGAGUAUCCUGAAGAUUCUAUGGAAAGUCGCAGGCGUGCAGUGAAAAGAAAUAUACAAACAAUUGUGAUGCUCUCUUAGCGUUGUUGUUUCGUCGUUGUAUUUCCUUGUCAUAAGGGAGGCUCCCUAAUUAUUACACUCCACAUUGUGUGGUUCCAGAAAUAUUCUUUUGUCAAGGAGAAGGUCAUUUGGAAUCUAUGAGGGAAGAGGGGUCUGGGGCAGUAAUUUCCUUAGGCAGGAGGCUCACACUGAGGUUUUUGUGACUGUGUUGGCAGAGGAUGCACUGUAAAUAUUUUUUCUUUUCGUAAAGUCAAAACAGAAAAAAAAGAAUUAUUACAGCCUUUCUCCGUUUAUCUAAACUUAAGCACUGUAUUUUAUAAUAGCAAUUAUUAAAAACUGAAUCAUUGGAUAGUGCAAUAUUUACUCGAGAGCUCUGAUUGGCUUAGCCAGCACGGUAUAUGAGCCAUUAGUAACAUCCAACUGGUGGUAUAUUUUCAAUGCUGCGUUCUGAUUGGUGGCAAAAAUGAUUUAAGUCUAGCUUUAACUAGCUAAAGUUGUUUUGUCUCGAUAUUUUUUACUAACUAGUUGGAUUUACUAAAACGAUUAUUCCUCUCGCCCCCAUGGGCUAUUGAUUCAGAGCCCAUUCGGGCUCGAGGAAUAAUUGUUAAUUAUACCGUGCUCUCCAAGUAUGGUAACUGUACGCGUCUGCUCUGAAAUGACUCCUGGGUUCAAACCCAGUUGUACGCGUCUGCUCUAGCUGAAAAUCGGUUGUUUUUACAAAUAAAGUCGGGAAGAACUCUCGAAAUUUUGAGGGCGUUUUUUUUUCACUCGCGCUUGUUGGAUAUAAUAUGAUUAUAGCCAACUCGGCGCUAGGCGCCUCGUCGGCUAACUACCAUUAGGGACCUUACGAUCCGACAACGGCGGCGUCCAUGAAAACGUCGUUGAAAAAUAGACUUCGCAUUUUGUCACUUUUUUUCGAGAUUAUUCCAAGGGGCCCAGUUACUUAAAAGAGGGGAAUUUAGUUUGAAGCUGAAGGGAAGGGACCACGGUUCCGACAGAGUUCUGACAGAGAUGGUAGAAUUUAUCGCCUUGCCGUUCCCGUUCCCAAGUAAACUUAAAAUUUGGUCAUUUCACGUCUAGUUGUCCAGGGACUGCAAAGAAAUGUACAAAAAAGCGUGAUGCACGUGCAGAGUUGUUGUUUUGCUCAUUAAACCUAUUGCUUUUUCUUACGUCGCCGUAGUAGUUUCGUAACGUCCCCGUUUCAUAUCCAACGCGCACUCGUGGAAUAAUUGCUAAACAGACCUUUUUACUGAUACGGCGGCCAUAUUGAAUUAAUUCCCAGGGGGGCAUGAGCACAUUUCGUUUGUAUUUUCGUGCGCUUUUCGGGACAUUUUUUCUUAGAAUAAGAUUGUAAUGGGAAAAAAGAUCCUUGUGCCGUGUUUGGAUGUGAUAAUGAUCGCCUUUUUCCCGAGAAGUAUACCAUGAAAGACCAUAUUUCUAAUACUAAACUAGAAAAAGGCGAUCAUUAUUACAUCCAAACACGGCACAAGGAUCUUUUUUCCCCUUACAAUCUUAUUCUAAGUAAACUUUACGAAAAAAUGUCCCGAAAAGCGCUCGAAAAUACAAACGAAAUGUGCUCAUGCCUUCUGGGCAUCCUAUAAUACUCCUUAAAUCGAAUUAAUUCAGUAUGGCCACCGUAUCGGUAAAAAGGUCUAUGUCUAUUAACAAAAAAUUUUUUUUGCUCUGUCUCCUUUUGAAGCUGCCGGUACUUUUUGUUUUAUCAGUUAUCUCUACACUACAUCCUUUGUCAUUCAAUUUUCUUUGCUGACCUUUGUUAAUCGUGAAACUUACAAUCUUUAAUUAUUUCUCAACAGUACUCUUUACUUACAAAUAUGUGCUCUAAAUGUCACAACAGGUGGUAUGUCUGCUUCAACUUCGCUCAUAAUCCUGCACCAGUUGGAAGACAAGUUAAAAGCUCACUCAUUCAUGCUUGAUUUUCUGAAGGGCGUUGGCUUGUGGGAUAAGGUCAGAAAUAAUCUUGAAAUCAUUACAUUACCAUAGUGAUAAUAAUAAUAAUAAUAAUAAUAAUAAUAGUAAUAAUAAUAAAUAUAAUAUAAUAACAGCUAAUAAGAUGUAUAUAAUAUGUAAUACAUAAAUAAAAUGGGAAAUGUUAAGCAACCAAGCGGUUAGCUGCGAACGGGAUACAAAGGCCAAGUCAAGUCAACUCAGCUUUACUUCACUUUUCAAUGGAAGAUACAGAAGUUAAUGACAAUAAUGAGUAUUUACCUUUCAUUAAAUUUCUUUUGUUUUGUCUUUAUGAAUUAUUAAUGUUUUUUGAAAUAACUUUCAAAUACUUCAGGCAGCUUAAGAUCUGUAGGGAGAUUAAUUGGUAUUAGUCUCAAAGCUUUAUUUUUAAGGAUAUUUUAUUUAUUAAUACAUAAUUUAAGGUCUAAGACGUGUGGGAUAUGUGUUUGCCCAGACACGUGCUCCAUCUACUGUAAAUAGGGGUAGACUAGAGAAUAGUAAACUUGCUUGAGAGUACUUGAAUCUAGAUAGUGCCUUAUAUUUGAAAGAAUACCUACACUUCAGGGCUCGAAGUUAACUUUUUAGUGCACUUGCAAAGUUUUGCUAGUAAGUUUUUUUUUCACCAGCAAACUGGUGAGACCAAUAGCAAAUUCUUUCCCUUUGUUUGGAAGACAUGGAUGAUUCUAACUCGCAAACGUUUGCUAGUGGUUAUUUUUCUCACUCCCAGAUCAUCAAAAUCACUCGCAUUUUGCGAGUUUGCGAGCGUUAAUUUCGAGCCCUGCACUUGUUUGAAAUUUUAUGUGAAACAUAGGUUAUAUGGGCAUUCCAUGCUAAGUGUUGGUCUAUAUAAACUCCUAAAUAUUUCAAAAAGCUAGUUUGAGCCAACUCGACAUUUCCUAAUUGUACACGAAUAUUUUUUCAACGCUUACGCAAGGAGCAAAUUAACUUGAUUUGUUGGGUUAAGUGAUAAUUUAUUUGCCUUUAGCCAAUCGUAGAGCAAGAGACAUCCUGUAUGAACGUUAUGUUCUAAAGUGACAAGAAUCAGCAUUAUUAUCAGCAAACAAUCGUUUUGAUAAAAAUUCACUCUAGUUACAUUGGUCUUCUAGUUUGUGAACUCGGCUAGACAGGUCGUUUAAUUUCUUCUUCAGCUGCUUGUUUUCAGACUUUACGUAGUCAUUUAACUCUUGAAGUGUCGCUAUUGACAGUGCGAAGUCGUCAAAAUUUUUGGAAUUAAAAUUCAAGCUUGUUUUAGUUUCCUUUAAUUCAACUACAGUGAUCUUCUUAUAUGUAAAAAAUAGUUCAUUAAGUUGGCUGUAGAAGACUUUAAAGCGGGUGUCCCGAAGAGAUUCAAUAUAGGACGCAUACGUGUCAGCCGACGACUUGCUCGCUUUUUGGUUUAUGUUUGGCAUACUUCAAUUCAAAAAACUUAUGAUGUUGUCUUGUCCACUUAGUUCGUUUUGCAUCGAAGGUCUCAAGUUUCCAGCUCUUAACGCCACAACUACACUUCGCUCAAUCCACUGCCCUGUCAAGUUGAAACUCAACAAUAAGAUAUAUGUGAGCGAAAGCCUUUUUAGCUUUCUGGUAUCAGUGAAGCAGCAAAAAAGUCAUAAUUUGACAUGAGAGAUAAUGAAAGAUAAUUAUGAGGUCUAUCAAAUCUGAAUAAACAGUCAAUCUGCAGGCUCUUAAGAGUGCAAAGUAACGACUAACAGAAAUAACAUUAAUUAAGCUUAUAAGGUCUAUCAGCUUAUAUUACGUUAUUGUUCUGCUCCUUGUUAUUUGUAUUAAAUGAUUGUAAAACUAUAUAUAGAAAGCGAUAUUUUCAUUGCAGCUUGGUGUGGUAAAUUCUAUAGACAAGUCAUCCUUAACCUGCUAUCUGAUAUGUGAACAUGCAGAAAAACUCAGUGCAGCUAUAGCCUUGUGCAAGCUCAAUAAAAUGUGAGUAUUUUGUUCAAUUUUUCACUGGUUAGGUUCCCUUCGUAACGGUUUAGCCUUGUCGUAUCGUAUGUACAUUAAUUUGUUUCAUCCGCUGCUCACAUAUUUGGUUAUGUUUGUUUACCAUUUACAGAAAGUUUUCGGAAAAUGUGGUUGAAAAUUUUAUGGAACAUGUCCUUUUGGGUCAAUGAUCCAAACGGAAAUUCGUGUUCCAUUUCUUGAAAGCCGUCUUUAAUACCGGUUUCAGGCCUUCGCGGCCGAUUUUUGGCAAAUGGCGAACACGAUUCCGGGAAGAAAUUUACCAGCCCUGAAUUCUGCUUACCAUUUGCUUAAAACUUGAACCAGCCGGAUUACCCAUGUAAAUGUUCAGCUACCAUUGUCAACGAUUUCUUUUUGUUUAGGUAUCAGACUGUGGUUGAUGAAAGUAUCGCAGUUGUUAUUAAGAGGCGGCAAGUAAAGUCUCAAGUCAGAGGACUCACUGAGCAUGAUCUGUUCUUUAGGGAGGUAAAUAAAUCUGAGUAACAAAACUUGCUUGACACUGAAAGCUGAGGAUUUUAAUUCCAUGCCCUUCGUUAUCGGUCAACUGGUAUUCAAAAAUUGGCCCUUUGAAGACCACUUUGGUCGUUUUCGUUCUUCAGUUUAAGCUAAUCAAGUUGGUAAGCAGCAACGUCAGUAUAGAUCUCUCUAGUGAUACCUUUUUUGGAUAUUCUGACCAAUCCUGACAGGGUUACACGCAAAGACCAAGUAACAUUUUGGAGAAAAAUCCACUGCCAAUUUCGCUAUUUACCUACUCCACUGUGUAGAUGAAAUUUGUACCUUUCCUAAAAAGUUAGCCAGCCAAAAUUCCCUGCAAAAGUAGGACGAAGAAGUGGACAACAAAACUGCAUAUGAAAACUGAGAAAGGGAAAGGGACGAAAGAAUGGGAGAAAGAAAGAUUGAAAUAAAUUCGUAAAACAGGUCCAAAGUUUGGCUUAUGCUCAUGCGUGAAAACAAAACAGCUGCUUAAUUACAUCGAUUAGUCGGGAAAAAUGCCCUUAUUGUUGUAAAACUCAUUUUUAGCCAUUUCCAUGCUAAUUAGACGAAAACCAGAACAAAAAAGAGGAAUUUGUGAAAACGCGGUUUUUUCGCUACUUAACCUGCGUAGUAGGCGCUUGGAAGUAUUAAAUCUCUAUUCGCUGGCCGCCACCAAAGAGUUCGCCGCACGGACCAUGGAAAACCAUGAAAAACCUAAAAGUCAUGAAAUUUACAAAUUUCAUUUGCCAGUCCUGGGUAGCCUGUGUCGCAGACGUAAUUUGAACCCUGUUAGUGACGUCUGAGAAGCAGCGCCGAUGCAGUUGUCCCUUUCGUAAACGGUCGCUGCCGUUUUUACGACACUUAGAAAAUUUGGGACCUGAUAUUGAGAGUGUUUCCAUGAAAAAGAAACAAAAUCGCAACCCAGGGUCAAACCAGGGCCUUGAACCCUAACCGCCAAAAUUCCGAAAAAUUUAAGUAAAUACACUAACAAACUGUCUUUCUUAACUCUUUCGUAAAUUUUAACGAAGAUUCAACUUGGACUUCAACGUCGUUCUUUGUAACACUAUUCGAAAACGUAUUUUUUGCCUUUUUGUAACUUAAUCCUGGGAAUAUAUUACAUCUAUCAUGACUAAAGGCUUGGUUACUAAUGGUGGCAUCGACCAUUAAUGAUUGCAAAGACCGUUUACGAAAGGGAAAUAGGCAGCGCCAAUAUCCUUGGUCUGGGCUCCCAACGGACUCAACGAAUUACCGGAAUUGCGUUUCGAAUUUCAUUUCAACCUGAUUGGCAAAUCAACAAUGGCUUUUUUAACUGACCAAUCAUGGCGCUUAUUCAAAUCCUGGUACACAGGUUGGUGCCUAGAAUAAGGAUUUCGGCGCUGUUUCGUAGAUGGACUUAACCAUUAAUAGUCCCAUUAACCAGAGUUUAGUUUCGUCUGUGGCGCAGGAUAGGCCUGCAAAGUCUUGAAAUUUAAUUGUCGGUCCUGGAAAUUCGUGGAAAAUUAGAGUUUGUUAGAUCAGUUUCUGCAGAUGUCAAAGCUAGGACAACGUAAGAUAGUGACGAGUAAUGAAACUGUGCGAACGGCACGCAUUUUGCUGGACACCAAGGUCUGUUGAAUUGACUUAGGUAAAAAGAAUACCCUAAAACAAGGCAAGUUUUGAAAAUUUUCGAAAGUGGCAGCUAAACUUAACUUUAAGGUCAUAGAAAACUUGAAAAGUUCAUUGAAAAAGUCUGGAAAGUCAAGGAAUUUGAUGAGCUUAAAACAGCACAAACUCCGUAACAGACUUUCAUUUAAAAAUCUUGUAACAAAAGUGAAUUUCCUCCCGUAGGUUUCUAGAAUAUCUGAUUUCUUCGAAUGUCUGUUGAAUUAUGAAGAAAUGUUUGAAAAGCGGGCGUCGCCUUCUCUUUUCCUGGAAACAAUUUUAGCAGUUAAUACGAUUAUGCAGGUAAGCUUAAAAAUACUUACUGAUGCCGGUGACCAAAAACUUAAGUGAAAGGUCAGAAGAAAAAAAAACAGGUCAAAUAAUUAUUGUUACAGCUACGAAAACGUGAGUAGCCUGGCCACAGUUGUUCAAUCAUUGGAUAGCGCUAUCCACCGGAUAAAUCACUAUCCAGCAGAUAAGUGUUAAGGAAACUAAUAGGCCCUUUUCAGGAAACGGUUACCUGGUGCAUAAAACACCUUGCUGGAUGGCAAGCGACGUAGAGGGGCUAGAAAAACAGAGAUUACAUCAUUCAAAAAGCUAAUAUCCUUUCCUUUCAAGGUUUUACUGCGUCGUUUGCCGUCCAGUAAGGAGUUUUUUUGUACCAUGUGACCGUAUCGUGCAAAGUGCCCAAUAAGCUAUCCAGUGGAUUGAGAUUUAUCCAGUGAGUAGUGUUAUCAACCUUUUAACAAUUGAGGCCUGGUUUCCAUACAAUUGCUGCUACCGGCAAUGCAACGGGUUGGAUCGCUGAAAAUAAACUCAGUACUGGUCUCUACGAGGGACCUCCCCUUUCUCGUAAAUCAUAUGAAAACCAGUUUUUACGUGUAUCCACCUAGGAAAUGCUGCAAGAAGCCUGGCACUACCGACAGACAAAUUCCACAUUGUAUCAGCCAACCAACCAAUCAGAAGAAUUGAAAAUCGAGGUGCUACCAUGGACUGGUAAGGUUAUAGCUGUUUAUUUGGGUGGAGACUAAGGUAUUGAUCUUGUCUUCGUAAGUUAUUGAAUUCUGACUGUACUUCAUCUAUAGCCACAGCAGGACCAAGUGGAAUGAGAUCAUUGCUCUUGAAACAGGUGAGCUACCGCUUCAGGUUGUCUGGGUUAGAAAUGGCGCUGCACUUUUGUUUAUUGAUUUUAGUUUUACUAGGGUAUAUUUUAUGUGUGUGUGUUAUAUUAUAAAUUCUAGUCUUUUUCGCUCACUGAUUGGAUGCUUCUCUGGAUCUCGUGGUUUCCUUGUGUCCUUGUGCUUUUGGUCGUCGUGGUUCUUCUGGUUGAUCCGGUGUUCUGGUUCUUGUGGUUCUCUGCAUGGUUAUUCUGGUCCUUGAGUACCUGUAACUCUUUCUGCUGUCAGCUGUGGCUGUUACACCGGGGAUGAGCCUUGUACUGAUCACACACUAUAGAUGUUGACAGACGUGCUCUUCCUUCAGUUCUAUUUUUGACUUGUGACCAUCAACUGAUAAUAAAGCAAAGAGUUAAAUUCUGUUGUUCCUGCUUUCGAGAGACAUUCUUACUUUCAGAGGGUUCUCAUUCUGGGAUUUAAUAGCAGAACUCAAUGUUAAUGUUACUUUUGGGACUUAACGGUAUACUCUUACAUAUCAACUAUGUUUUUUUCCCUCUACCCGUACCCUGGCUGAUUGUAGCUGCUGCACAUGUUUAAAACGCAUUGCUAAUUGAAUUUUUUAUUCGCAAUUUUAGCUGGCAUUUACGACUGAGAGAGGAGUUUCAGAGGCUGAUCAGCGGGUUUGUCUUGUUAAGUCUCAGUGUACAUCUUGAUAACUUCACGUCGUGUUUCCCGAAUAGGCCAUUUCCACGAUGACGUCUUUUUACCACUAAGACUAGAAUUCAUUUCGUUUUUUCUUUCAUAUUUAAAUUUGGUAAUCCCAGUGAGUUGCACAAGAAAGCAAACCCUGAAGGAUUCUGGUAGUUGUAGUAAAAUGACGCCAUUGUGUAAAUGCCUUAUUAAAGCAGUGUUUCGCCGACUUGGAGCUUCUUAGCUUUUUCCAGGCCUUCAGGUUAUGGCGAUGGCGCAAAGAGAUGUCAGCAGGAAAAACAGCUAGGGGUUGGGGUUGGGAGUCUCCCUCUGUUCCUCCCCAUUUUUUCCCCUGCUCUCUGUCUUCGCGCCACUCUGCACUAUCUGAACGCCUUAAAGAUGCUAAGAGUUUCUAUGCCACAUACUUGGCAUAGUCGUGUUGAGCUAAUAUUCAGUUGUAAUUCAGUAGACUUUCUACAUACUGGUCACCGUCCGGAAACCACGUGGGUAGGUGGCCAGGAUAAUAUUUUGUGGCCUUGUGGUAUAAAUGGGUUUACAGAAAGGCCGCACUCAAGUCAGAGCGACUUUUUUUCAGUUCGUAUACUUAAUCAAACUUUUUGAGAGCCAUCGUAAUUUCUCAGUCCUUCAGGUGUCCAAACCAUUGCACGUCAAUGUAAUGAUCCCAUUAAUGAGUUUGACAGGUUUGACUUGCAACCACUGGGCACAAACAGACGGAAGGAUCUUGAGUUCAGUGCCAGUCAACCCACAAAGACUUUGACAGCAACAGUGGCAUUAUUUACUCACAUCGUUUGUAUUUUGUUCUAGAACUUGUCGCUUCUUGUUCAACAUAUGGUUGAUUUAGCAGAUGUUUUGUUAGAUGGUUAUGUAAACCAGCUCCAAUCAUUGAGGUGGGUAUCUUAUCGUUUGUAGAGGCUCCGUGGUCAGGACUGUUACUUUCAUUUGAUUGUUUGUUGUGAAUGUGUAUUGAACCUAUAAGUAAGCGGAAUAUGAUCGUCCGGGUGAGAGUAGUCCUAAAUAGGACUGUUGUUGACAGUGACUUAUGUUUCGACAACCUGUGUGAUAGUCAUCUUCAGAGUCAAAGUGAGUUGUAUCACGUGAGUUGAUGGUACUGAACUCUGGUUAUUGACCUGAUUGAUUGAUUAAGUCGCGAUGUUAUUAGUCGUUUGCCAGUUGAGCUGUGCAAAAUGUGACUGGUACGUUUUGAUCCAUCUUUUGGUAUAAAAAUAAUACUCAUAUUAUACAUGUAUUCGCAUUAUGCAUCUAGGCAUAUAGAAAUAACAGUCGUAUUAUUUCCGCCGUUCGCAUCAUCUUCAUGUUUCACUCCUUUCACUGGUUAAGAUAAACUCAACAAUUUGGCCUGCUCGCAAUGUGUUGGUCUUCAUAGCUCAAAUGGUAGAGCACUGCAGCGCUAACGCAGUGGCCAUGAGUUCGAAUCCCGUUGAAGUCGCGAAAUUUUUUUCGGGUUUAUUUGCAUCGCUUAAUUUGCAAUUACCACUCCGACGAUCAUAUCUUUUUUUAAGAAUUUGUAUUUCCGCAGUUCACAUCAUCUUCAAGUCGUAUUAUUGUUAGUCAAAUUAUCGGUUUGUCAAGUCACUAUUGUCGGUAAUUGCUGGCUUCUGUUCAGGUCAAUAGCGAGUUUACGCAACAGGACGGCAGGAAGAAGAGGACGGCCAAUUGCUUGUGCGCGACGAACGUGACAGGUUUAUUACCUACGUGUUUUCUCGCGAUCUUCACUAACAUCGAUGUUUUCUGGUCUUUUACGAAAAGACCUGUUUAAAGGAAAGUGAAGUUUGGCGAAGUUAUUUCAAACAAAAUUAUUGUCAUGCUUGUCACACGAGGUUUGCCCUCUUCUUUCCUCUCCCGUCCUGUUGCGUAAGUUCACUAUCCAGAGUUUGAUACCAUCACCUGACGUGAUGCAACUCAUUUUGACUCUGAAGACGACUACCGCACAGGUUAGGUCUGUCAGUGUGAACAACAGACGGAUUCAGGACUACACCCACCCCGACGAUCAUAUUCCUCAUACUUUAGCCUGGGACCAGGCUCCGCAUGGGUUGAUGAAGGAGAAAAACAUCGGCAUGCGCAAAAAAAAAAAUCGGCGAGCGAAGCGAUCCGAGCGGUAGUCUGGGGGGGGGGGGGUGGGGGGGAAGGUGGAGGGGCCCUGCGCGCCCCCUUCCCCCCCCCAGACCCCCCCCCGUCCCCCUUCCCUCCCCGGAUUUUUUCCCCCUUCCCCCCCUUUUUUUUUUUUCCCCCUUCCUGGGGCCCUGGGCCCAGGGUCUUGUUCCUUCGUCUUUUUUGUUCAACAUAUGGUUGAUUUAGCAGAUGUUUUGUUAGAUGGUUAUGUAAACCAGCUCCAAUCAUUGAGGUGGGUAUCUUAUCGUUUGUAGAGGCUCCGUGGUCAGGACUGUUACUUUCAUUUGAUUGUUUGAAAGGUGACGGAGCCUGCGCUGCCCCUUUCCCCUCCCCAGACCACCGCUCGUCUCUCUUCGCUCUCCGAUAUUAUUCCCAUUUCACCCCGUUUUUGUCUUUUCCCCCUACUGCGGAGCCUGGUCCCAGGCUAUGAUACUUCUGACUGUUUACUUUAAAUAUAUGACAUUGUGUUACCGCAGGAACUGUCCUGGUAAAGAAAACCGUUAUGAUGAAGUGAGGCAGAAGUAUGAACAGGACAGACGCACUGUUAUUCUACCACUAGGUACUGUGCAUCUAAGCAUAAUAAUAUAACAAAUAACAACAAAGUCGCCGGACCUGUUUUACCUUCAGCUAGCAAAACGGAUAUGCUGCUGAGCCUCUAUGUACAAUAUGACUUAAGUCAUUUCCUCUUGGAAAAAACCGUUUUUGGUUGGUUUGGUGAAUCAACUUUUUUCAACCAGCUUGUAAUUUAGUUGAAAUGGUUGAAAAGGAUGGGUAGCGUCCGCUGAUCGAUUUAGAGGUAUCGAUGAAAAACCUGUCAACACUCAAUAAUGGCGAUCUUUAUGCACCUUUCAAAGCACUUUAUUCAAAAAGAACCAAAACAAAACUUGAAAAGGAUCGAUGUUUUAAAACUUUAAGUAAAACCACUACAGCAUAGAUUUAAAUAUGGUUUAUAAUUCGAAGGCAAGGUAGCAUUUUAUUACCCAUUCCAGGGUCCUUGGAGGUGUUUGGUUUUUGACUGCAAUAAUAGUCACUAUGAAAGUUGAAUGAUUGACAAUUCUCCAGUCAGGUCAUGCAAGAGACUGCGAAGAGAGACGACUGUAUUCGCAGGCUAUUCAUACAAAGUCUACUUAAGAGAAAACCUGUUUCUACGACUCCUCUUCCUUAUCCUGUAUCCCUGACACCGCUAACAGCCGUAAGAACCAUUUUUUUUAUACAGGUCAUCCACUAAAUCGUGAAUAUCAUCCUCAUAAUAGCCUGUAAUGCAAAUGCCAGGUCUUCUCCGUUCCCAAAAAUGAUUCUGCUACAUAUACCUGUUCAUCGGAAUCGGCUGAUAGCACUUACCGAGACCUUGAUUGAGUGUUCUAUUUUUCCUUGUUUGGAAGAAAAUAACGACAACGACGCCGUCGCAAGGAAAACAGCUUAACAUUGUUCUUGUGAAUCACGCUUUGCGCGCGCAACCUACAGUAACUGACUAAAUGAUUUGCGCUAAUUUCCAGAAUUAAUUGUAAGUUCUUGGCCUAUGAGAAGACAGAUAUUGCAAUGUAUAAUAAUACAAGUUGUGGUCUUCUCCUCAGUCCAUCUAGAGCAGCGGACUCAUGCGACUUCCCUGGCUGAGAAGUACCAUGACUUUGGAGUUUUGAUUGAACUCUGUGAAUCAGCUGGUGACCAAGACACCUUACAGCGAUAUAUGACUCAGUUUACUCAGCAGGUAAAACCAUUAUUGUAUAACUAAUUGGAACCAUGAGCUGCUAGUUUGAAAAUUUAACGUCAUUUCUAUGGUCUGUAAAAGAAUUGUUGGCUUUUUUUUUUUACAGUAACCUUGAAGGUUGCUAAUGUCCAUUUGCCGGGAGAGACAAAGAGACCAUAGUUCUCGACCAAUCACUGCGCACGUCAAUCCCUAACACUUUUACAUUGUUGACUUUUAUUUGUCAUCCAUCAGACCGUAGUUAAUAAAGUGGAGUCGUUAUGAAACCCGUUCGACUCUUGUGUUACAUGUUUUUAUUAGCUUUUUUAGACUUGACCGUUCUCAACGUUAAAAAGCAUUCCUAUCUUUUUUAACUUACUGACCAAUAGAAACAUAACGUUAUCUUAUUCAGUCACAAUUUGUGAACAAAAAACAAAGGAGAGCUUCUAACAUAAACUGCAGCACCGUUGUUUUAAUCUUUGAUCUUUGCCGGCUUUCAUAACCAGUCUCCUUUACUAACUAUGAUCAGGCUAGCAUCUAUUUGUUUAGUUAUUUGUUGUGUAUUUGUUAGGCCGCAUUUGAAUAAUGAUUUAUUAAGUAGACAGAAAGUAAAGUAACGUUUUUAAAGAUUUGAACGGUAAUCUUUUUGAUCCCUUCAUAAUUUGGUUCGUUUAAACAGCCAUUGGACUUACGAAAUAUGGUAGUUUAUUUUGUUGUCCAUGUUUGUUGUUUGUUUGUUGUCAUGUACGUAGCAGAUAAUUAAAAAUAUUAUUACUUUUUGCUUCAGGGUUUUUCAGACUACCUAUUUAAGUGGUACAUGGACAAAGGUAUCUAACAAUCAGAUGGAAAAUAUACGAUAACUAGUCUGUUGUGAUUAAUUUUACCUUGGAAAUAGAAAUUCUUUUUGAUUCCUAGACGUUUUUUCUCUCCUAUCUCUUAAAGGUAGGUAGUUCACCUUUUAUUUAAGAAGUAGAACUUUUUUUCUCAUUCCAUCUUUUGGAAACGUUUCAGUAACUGUAGUAUGGGUACCACAUAAUCUUGGUUGUUAAAUAUUUUCCUGUUACACCCCGCCUAGGCUCCAUUACCAGCUGCUGGUCGGGAAAUGAGCCGCGCUUUUCCCCGAAGAAGGCUCUUCUCAGAGAGAAAAACGACUGGACUCGAGAGAGCGGGGAAAAUUAACCUUACACCGCCCCACCCUACCCCUCCAACCUCCCCCGACCUACGACACCAAAGUUUCUUUAAAAACUAAUCCCUUCAGCAUUUCCUCCCCCCCCCACCCCCUUACAAAUGGUUAGACUUAGUAUUUUUCUUCCUUAAUUAUUCAUAUGUGUAGCAUAACAUUACCCUGGCAGCAGCGGGUUAAAUCACGUGAGUAUAACACUAGUAAUGUAUUUGAUGUUUAGGAGAACGGCAAAAGCUGAUGAGCAUCCCUGAACCACAACACCAGGAUUUAGCGCGUUUUCUGUCUUCUCAUCAUCACCUCAGUUGGCUGCAUGAAAUUAAUAUCAAGUCUUUCUAUCAGGUAAUAUUAGAACAGUAAGCCGCCAUUAUAUACGUCAUGGAAAUUUGAUCGCACAAUACAUUCACUGCUUUUCCUUUUUCUCCACAGGCACAUGAAACACUAAAAAAUCUAGCUGUUGAGGAAGCUUCCUACUUAGGAAAGAAAAAGGUUAUACAUAAUUGCUUCAAACGCUAUAAAGUAUUUAUUAUCAUCAUUGCUAUCACUAGUAUUAUUAUUGUUGUUGUUCUUGUCGUAUUAAUAUUUUCUAUUUUUUUAAAUACAGUACAACAGACUAUAUGAUUAAUACUUACCUUGUUUUUAUUUUUGGUUUUUGGACAGACACUUUUGAGUCUCAGCAAGUUGGCUCUUUUAGCGUCAGAACAAACUGACGAAUCCAAGCUGGAAGGCAAGUGGUACUUAGUAAACGAGACUGUUGAACCGUUUUCGAUUUGUGGAACCAACGCCCGCUCGUGGGUUCUAUCAUGAAUAAGAUUGUAGUCAGAGGAAUUAAAAUUUGGUCCAUAAACCAGAAUGGCCCCUAGACAUAAAAACAACUGAAACGGUAUACUGUAUAUGUUCUUCCUAUCUCUGACUUAAGUACUAGUGAUUGUGUAAAACGACGUGAGCAAGAAUGAAACUGUGCUUUCCCCUUAAACACUCAACAGCAUAAAGAAAACUAUAAUUCUGGUGUGUUAUAUACCGUAAAAUCUCCGAAAAUAUAAAGCCCCUCCAAAUAUAAGCCCCCUAAACCGCUAACGCAAAAAACCCUCCGUUAAAUCGCCCCUCCAAAUAUAAGGCCCCCGGGGGCUUGUAAGUGGAAAAUUGCCCUCAAAUACAAAGUAAAACAAAGCAAGAACGGUAAAUUUCCUUCCAACUACAUAAGGCUAGCCCAAUCGAUUUUAAAACGAAAAUAAGCCCCUCCGAAUAUAAGCCCCUCUAAAAGGGCCUCUGAAGAAUAUAAACUUCAGGGCUCGUUUUCGGAAUUUUACGGUACCCUUUCCCUUCUUUAGUAAGUUGACUCAAGCAGCAGUGAAACUUCAGUUCGUGUAGUGUGGUAAUAAAACUUUUCUUAUUUAGAGAUCAUAACAGAGCAGGACAUCAUACUACAUCAGGAAACACUUCCAUCUGCAGUUUUACAGGUGAAACAAAGUGGUUAUAAUUAUAAGUUCACUCUAAAAGGGGCUCAUUAGAGCUGAGAUUUUCCAGUUUAUCCGUUUUAGUUUCAAAAACAUGGAUGUUGCUAUGGUGGGCGCACUCCUUUCCAACGAAUAAUGUUCUUACAGAGGCAUUCUUGACGAGGCCAAGUAUAUACUGGAAGGGAUCUGCAGCAUACAGGACAAUGCUGUGUAAAAAAUAUUUUUGUUGUUUAAAACGACAAAGAUAUCAUACAGUAACCGCAAAAGUAACAAGCUAUUUGAGAGAAGGAAAAAUCCCUCUCAUUGUAUUGAAACCAUAGAGAAAUAAAACGUGUUACAAAAACUCAUAAAGAAAAACCAAAUUGAAGAAAUAAACAUUAAAAUGUUUAAUGAGUGUGCUAAAGACAGGGCUAAACUAUAUGUCCAGUUUUUUAGACCAAAAUAACCCCAAAUCUAAAUAUUAGUGCAAGAAUGAGUUGAUCGAUAUCAGAGAUUUUGAAGCCUUGAGUUUUUAAAUCUGAUAAUACACUCCUGCUCGUCUAUUAAACAGUACUUAACAUGUAUAGCAGGGACCUUGGACGGAUACCAUAGCCUCCUUCAUUGAUGUUCAAUUAAUAUGCAAUAAUUCACCUUGCUGUAAUGAGCUAAAAGGACGUCCGGCCUUACGCCAGGGCAUCAUUAGCCUCAACAAUCAAACCAAGCAGUGCAGCCUCAAGGAAUUGGCACUUUAUACUAAACGUUUUAAAUUACAAACUUUCAUUUUUUGAUUAAUGUAAUUUUUUAUUCAAAAAGUUAUCGCCUAGGGACAGCUUUUAAAUUCAUAGAUCAUAGACAGUAAGGAAAAGUAACUUGUCUUUUUUAAAACUGAGUUGUUUUAUUUCCUUUAGCAAGCUGGUAUGGAUGUUGACUGCAUGGCCCCUCUUUCUCCUACUCAUCUUAUUGAGGUAAAAUCUCGCUGGUUCUGUUUGUAUCGUCCAAGUUUAGAAUGCAGUCAUUUUCUAUAUUUAUACCUACUCACUAACCGACAGAUUGACUGACAUGCUAUCCUGAUAUCAAAACCAUCCAAAAUAUUAUAAAGAUCAUUUUAACAGUAGGCUCCGGCCUACGUGCAGUAUGGACCCUUCGCCGCUCACAUCCACUAAAGUUUAUUCCACUUCAAGUAUUGUGCGACCCGUAUAAAUUCAGGUUUUGGCCUAGCGCGACUAAUGAUUAAAACAACUUACUUGAAACAAAUAGCAACUUUGGACACCUUUUUCACAGUUUUCACGGGCUUUGCGGUUCACGAACCUGCGUCACACUUUACAUGGCCGUUUAAAAUAUGUACCGCGGCGGUCUUCAUUGUGCUCACAAAGAGUUACAUAUUACUCCUGGCUGAAGAACCUAUAUUUAGAACCAGUGGUUUAUUGAAUUAUUGAAGGUACUAAAUUGAUCUUUUUCCAAAAUGUGGUCAGAUUAACAUUAGAGACCUUUAGAUUAGUGCACCCGCGUGAACUAGCAACAUUUUGGCAGGAAAACGCGAUAGUCGUCGUUAUUUUACCUGGGACUACUAAAGGUUUUAGCGAGAAUAAUGAACUUAAGCGAUAGAGCGUUUUCACCUGACGUUGUUCUGUCGCACUUUGUACUAAAAUUGUCGCACUUUGUGAUACCUGUUGCACUUUGUAAUAAAAGAGCCGUCGCACUUAGUAAUAACACCUUUCGAACUUUGUAAUAAACUUGAAAAAUAUGGUCGGAGGACAAGUAUCAUCGUCGGCGACAACAAGAAACAACAACAACAACAACAGUAAUAAUAAUAAUUUUAAUACCAACAUUCCACUGAACGGUUUUCAGCACCAAUUUCUCAAGUGGGGGUGGAGGAAAGUACUCACAUCAACUGCGUCCUUCCGGCUUCAAGGUCUUUGUAGGAAAGUACAACUAUUUCUAUGCGGACGACAUCGGGACCAUGAGAUAGUGUCCAUAACAGCUAGAGUCCGCAAUGAUGGGAUUUUGUAUUGGAAUUUAGCUGCUAUCCGUAAAAACGGGUUUUCCAUAAAGGUAAGGUGUCCUUGACUGCUUUAGUAGUAGCAGGGGCAACGAAGAAAUCCGGUUUCAUUACCUGCGAGGACAUGACCAGAGAUAUAACGAGAUUUUAGUGUUUAUUGCCAUGAUUAAGCACUAUCAUAAUAUUUCAUAGGAUCAAAAAAGAACAGAAACAUCGAGCACAACACGGUGCCAAAAUCAUUAUCAUCAUCAGACAAUCAUCAUCAUCAUCACCAUUCUUAUUCCUGUUAUUAUCGCACUAUUGCAUAUCAUUUGCCCACGUCAUUGUGCCACGGUGACUGCUAAAAUUUUGUGGAAAUUUUGAAUGCGCUAGAGCCAACAUGAAACGAAAUAGAUUCAUAAUAAUCAGAAAAUGCGACAUCGCAAAGUGUGGCCCAGCUAAGAUAACCAAAAGUAAAAAAUCCAAACACGAAAAGCAAAUCUUAAGUACAAUGAUACUAACAAAAGAUCUCAGGCUCGAACGUUUAUGCUCAAGUUUCAUCUUCUAUGUAAGUUGUAACUAAGCAUUUUUUGCCUUUUGCUGCCACACGUUCUUUUUCUCUAGCUAAAUAUUGAGGUGUCUUUGCUUAGAGCUUUGAAGUAUGUUACUUGUUUCGCCAAGAUAUGUCGGUGAUGAUAAACCAACGCAGUACCAUUCAAGCAUUCGCCCAUUUUUGAUUGGAGAUUAUUCGCCGUAAUUCAAACACGACACCAGUUGAAGGCCCAAACAUUCUUAUGAGUAUAUUUUUAACGCUGACAUUUCCUGCUACCCCGCCACAGGAGAAGUAAAUACGCGGCAGAAUCUGAAAAGCCAUCCUAUAGGUCACGAAAACGAGUAUUAACUUGACAUCUGUGGGUAGGCCAUGAAAAGGUUCCAGAUCCUUCUUUAACAAUGAAUGACGUCAUUGUUUACGAUAAUCAAAUGUGUUUGCCAACUUCUUGAUUUUGUCAGACACCUUACUAUUUGAGUAUUUUUCGCUUCGAAGGAAAAAUUACGGAAUUGGAUUUUACCAACAAAUUCAACAACAUAACUUCAUAAUGACAUCAAAUUACUUCAUUGUGUCAAAUUAAUGCCUAGAUGGUCGGGAAAUAAAUAGUAGAUUAUUUUGUGUUAUUGUGGUGGCCGUUUUAUGAGUGGCCCUUAUAUGAAUAAUAAUCGUCAUGAAACAUCCACAAUAAUAAUAACAAUUAACAAUUAUUACUGUUAUUGUUAUUAUUAUUAUUGUUGCUGUUGUUGAUAUCGAUGAUGAUACUUAUUAUUUAUUGGGUUUACUUGUCCUCCGACCAUAUUUUGAAGUGUAUCACAAGGUGCGACAAGUGUUAUUACAGAGUGCGACAAGUGUUAUUACAAAGUGCGACAAGUGUUAUUACAAAGUGCGACAAGUGUUAUUACAAAGUGCGACAAGUGUUAUUACAAAGUACGACAAGUGUUAUUACAAAGUGCGAUAUAGGUAUUAAAAAGUGCAACAGAAGAGAGGUCACGGCGGUCAUGUUGGUGUUCCAUCCAAACCAAUCCUGUGUAGUGGGAGUUGAAUUCCUUUCUUAUGUAAACGCUUUCUUUUGUUCCAAGAAGUUUGCAGAGAUGCUGGCCAAGUGAGUGGAAACGCUCUAUAGGACACCAGAGGAAAGAACAAACUUCCCCUUCCUUGAAACAGAAUUUUUAGUAAAAGACCAGAACACAGUAAUGCCCGAUGGGGUACUCCUGGGAAUUCUUGGUGGGAAGGGCCGCCCGGUCUCCAAAUCCUGACCCUACUUCAGACCAAAAAAUGUAAUUUUCCACACCCGUUUUCAGACUAGACCGCUAAAAUCCAUACCGUUUUCAGACCUGGCCUUUCGGCAGAAAUAAUGUUAUCAUUACUUAGAUUAUUGCACGAACAAAAAAAUUCUUCAAAUCCAUUUCGAAUUCACAAAUUUCUCCUUCUUUCUUACCCACUUGGAAUUGAAACGAUAAAUACGUUCAUACACUCCGACUCGUGGUUCCCUCAAAAACUAUACCUGAUUCCAGACCAAAAUGGGCAAAGUGUAUACCCCUUUGCAGACCAAAACGGCGCAAAAACCCUACCCAAUGGGGCGGCACAUACCUACAUAGCUUAUAAAAAGGAGUAGUGCUGAGUGCAGAUCACAAAAAAACGCGCAAGUAAUAGCUCUUUCACAUUUGUCACACACAGCGGUUUGGCCGUAUUCCUCUUUCUACCGUACUGUUGCGUCAAGCCCACUAAUGUUUUAGUGGCGGGAACAAAUAAUCAAAUGUUAGAAGUUUUAUCACUUUGCGAUCAGGACAGGGCUUAACAUCCUUCAGUAAAAAGAAACGCGCAAAUUUUUCUGGUAAAAAAGCGGAAAAUGAACCUUUCCUGGGUUUCUAUAUUUUUAAAAAACACGUCAAAUCAAAUACAGUCGUCUUGGUAGUCGUCCUCGUCGUAGGAUCGAAAGGUCUCGAAUAGCUGCGCUUAGAGAACAAACUUUCGUGGGUGCGUUAUUCUUUUGGUCCCGUCGAACGUUGGAACUGACAAACUCACUACUGUUUAAUACCGUUUCAUGUCUUAAAUGAGGGUAACUUCUUCUAACAUGUAUGUUUGCUUUAAUGAUAAUCGCAGCUACAUAUUGGAGAACAAAACCCAGGAGCCAAUGAAUACGAUUUCAAAAGAGCUCUGGAUAUUCUUCAUCUAGCCACCACGGUAGAUACAUCUUCUUUUACUUACAGUAAUUUUUUUUUCGUAUAAAAUGAGAGCUGGUUAACUUAUAAGUACUUAAAACUAGACGUUCCUGGUUUUCAUCAGUGUUUUGAUUGUAAUGUUUUCAACAGAGUGGCCGUUAUGGCAUGGAUACUGCAGCGCUCAAGCUUCACAUCUGGUGCAAAGCUCUUCUUAGAGACGAGUAAGAUGAGUGAUUGUCCAGUUAUAGUUGUUUUCGACAACAAGUGACUUUUUAACAACCAAACUGGUCUUUAAAAGGAAAAGUUAAUUUAAAGAAGUCGCACGAGGUUUGUUUCGUCGACUUCAUGUCAUCAGUGUCAAAAGUGAAGAAAUUAGAGUGCACAUAUAUGAAUACAGAAAAGGAAUUGAAAAUGGAGAAAGUAAUGGACAAUUUAAUUAUAAGUUUCUCUUUGAUAGAGGCCGCCCGAGUGUUUAGUGUCGGUCUUUGUACAAUUGGCGUCAGUUGUAUUGCUAUCAGCAAAUUGGUCAACGGUCGCUGGAGAAUUAUCUGGGGAAUUUAAGCCAAUCACCUCAUUUUGUGGACUUGUCACUGAAAAUGGCUUAUUUAACCUUUCUGUCCUUUGAUAUCUUUUAUAUAUCCACAGUUAUUUUCUACUUUCAUUUGACUCUCAGUCGCAAUCUCGGCUGAAGUUUUUGUGGGUAAUUGGUUUAUAUGAAUGUUUCUAAUCUAAAUGGUAAACAUAACUGUUUAUGUUUUUGUGUACAGUUGGGGCUCCUUUCCGGCUAAAGAUCCUUUAUUGACUGCCAGGAAUACUGUUUUCUUCAGAACUGUUGAACUUGCUUAUAAUCAAGGUACGUUAUUUUAUGGUGGCGGCUUACUGCCGAUGUCAUUGUGAAGCGUUUAUGACAAUUUUUAAAAUUUGAACAGAAGGACGACUCGCUUAAUACGGACACUGUCCAUGGUCCACUCAGUGUCCGUUUUGAGUAGGUUUGAAUGUACUUAAUGAGUAUCGCGAUAGCCUCUAGUACGAAACUGGAGAUUUGCUCUUAUAAGGGAGAUUCUUCGCCUACCCAGGGGUACCCCGGCCAGUUCCACCGAAAACGGGCUCUACUAAUACUAGUUCUUUCCUGGCUUUGAAAUAAGUAGCGCGAACAAGCAACUGAUGACUUGCAACCAAAUAGUACGAAUAACAGGUUUCUGUUGGUUUCAUUUGAUUGCUAAAAUCGUUUCAUUCUUGCAUUUCAAUUGCUCGUUGAGUUGUUUGUUCGUUUGCUGUCUUUGCUUUGAUCCACCACUAAUAAGGAUCAUUUUUUUUAUAUAGGUGAUAAGAAUUCAUAUCGAAUAGCUUUUAAAAAUUCUUCUCGUAAUUAUUAUUUAGUGUCGAAUCAUUGUUUAUUAUUACUAUUAUUAUUAUUAUUAUUAUUAUGAUCAUCAUCAUGAUUAUUAUUUUACUUAUUUUAUUGUGUAUUAUUAUUUUCGCUAACUGUUACCAGUGUCGCUUGUUUCUAGGUAUAGAGCUGGAAGAAUUUAUGCCUUCUUUGGAGAGUUUGUUCGAAGCAGAACAACUAAAAGAUGCUGGGCUUUCUGAAAACCCACAGUUUCGUUACCUUCUAAAGUCUGGAUAUGAGCAAAUAAAUAGAGUCGCAGCUGUGGUUAGCAUUUGAGUUGUGCCUUGUCUAGAAGCAGCCUUUAAACAUUGAACUGUAAAAUAAUUACACUUGUACAAAGAGGAAAAUAAGAACAACGAGAACUUUCAGUACUUGCUUGCUUGCUUGUUUGCUUUACUUUCUUAAAAUUUACCUGCUGUUAGUCAAUAGCUUAUUUACCCAGCAAUUGUUUUAUUUUUCUCCUUGAAAAUUUUGUUCAUUUUUUUCGUUAGGCUCGCGUAAAACAAACACAAAAUGACCCAUGUGCCCCGUCUCAGUCACACCAGGAAAGAAUAGCAAUGACUUACUUUACACGUAGGAGUUAAAUUGUACCCUCCAUGUCGGACUGGAAAUGGCAAUGGGUAGUGUUUAUUAUUUCAGCGACAUCUAGGAGGGUUACACCCCAUUUCAUAUUCCCACUCAGACUAGAAAGAUACGCGGGCUGGGACCUAUCAUGACGUACAAUCCUCGACAAAAAUCUUUGAAACACCCAUACACUUUUCUUUCCCUCUGCAAUGUUGAGAUGUGAUUACAAAGUUACGCAGCUACCAAGACAUUGCCAAAGGAAGGGAGAGAAACUAAAGGGAGUGAAAUUUUUCUAAGUAUUUAAGCUUUCAAAUAGCAGAGCGCGGGCGAAAAAUAGAACGAGGGGAGACUACAGACCUACUCCACUCUCCCUCUUCCUCUCUCAGUCCUUUUUUUAUCAUCCACUCUCCAUUUCCGGCCACUCUCCAAUAUCUGAGCCCCUCGGACAGGCUAAAUUAUGACUUACCUACACAGGCCGCCACUUCCGGUCGACGUCGUAGUUCUGUGUACUGACAGUCUUUCGACUCUCUAAACGUGACCAAUGAGCUUUUGGUAUUUUAAUCAAUUUUCGUGCCUCAAAAAUAAUAUUUUCUUCUACCCAAAAUAACAGUAAGGGAAAAGUUCAAGACCCCGUCAAUUCUUGACGUAGAAUAACGUUUUUAAGUCCACUGAAACAGUUCAAUAAACACACUGAAAGUGAAACUUCGACAAGGUUGAGGUACGUUUGUGGAAGGCUUGAGUUAGGCUUCUCAAUUCCUUUACACAAAACUCAGAAGUCGAAAGGUAGAUCUCAGAAGUCGGAAGUUAACACUCAUGUGGAAGUCGGAAGUGGAAACUCGUGCGGACGUGGGAAGUCGAAAGUCGAAAGUGAGGACUCUGUAAGAACUCAAAAUGGGGAAGUCGCAACUCAGAAUAGCCUGUUCCAGGCGUUCAGAUAGUGGGGAGCGGUGCGAAGAAAUAAACUUUUCAUCGCUAUCUUUACUUCGCACCGCUCUCCACUAUCUGAACGCUUGGAACAGGCUAAACUCAGAAGUGCACACUUUGCUUUUUCUUUUCUUAUCUUCUUACUUUUUAUAUGAGAAUGUUCUUUUUCCGGCCUAGGCUGAAUAUUCUUAUUUUCCGCCGAUUUCAGGCUAAAAUUAUUUAACAAUUAUCGGACGAGGUUGAACAAAAUAUCAUGAUUUGUUAUUUGCGAGUAAAUCAAUUUAAUGCCGAAGCAAAAAAUAACAUUAAUAUUUGCCCGUCAAUUGCAGGCCACAUGGUGGGCUCUUGGCCAAUGAAAAGAAAGAAAAAUUUGCUACGAAUGAUAAUAGUAUCCACAUUACCACAAGUAACCUCAACGUGUUUCUACUUCUUCUGGUGCCUAAAGAAAGAGAAUAAUAACACGAGUGAAUGUCAUCCUCAGUGUAUCUAUUGCACUUCUAUCUUGACAAUAAAAAGUAACGCGUUGGGAUCACGAAAAAGGUGACCUCGACCGCUCAUUUGUCAUAUGGUGCAGUCGCUUGGGGACAAGCGGCCAAGACUCAUGCUAACCAAUUAUUUUUGCUGCAAACGCGUGCACUUCUUUUGAUGUCCGUUAUACAGCCGUUAUACAGCUCACACGAUUCCAUAUCGUUUGUCCUCUAAUAUUCUACCUCUAAACAUGCUC